AUGGGAUAUAAAACGGAACUUGGAUGCUGUUUCUUUGUGAUAUUCACAUAUUCUCUCAUAUCCAGGUGUCGAACGAAUAUGGAAAAUAAUAUCACAGUUGCGGUGAUGCUUCCCGAUAAUUACCACAAGUAUCCCUGGGCUUUGCCUCGGGUUUUCCCAGCAAUUCUUAUGGCGAAAGAGAAUCUCCAGAAGAAGCACGGACUUCUCCAAGGCCACUCUAUUCAACUCUUGAAUUUCAGCACAGAGGAUUCAACCGGUGUCUGCGCAGAAAAUAAGGCACAGAUUAUCGCCGUGGAUACCAAACUUUAUAAUAAACCAGAUGCUUUCUUUGGACCUGGGUGUGUGUAUUCAGUCGCCUCAGUUGGAAGAUUUGCAUCCCAUUGGAAACUCCCAUUGAUAACUGCAGGAGGAACAGCAUAUGGGUUUGAUAAAGGGGAAGAGUACAAAACGAUUGUGCGCACCGGACCCUCGACCACAAAACUGGGAGACUUCGCUAACAUUAUUCACGCGCACUUUAAUUGGACCUCUCGUGCCAUUCUGAUUUUCCAAGAUUUGAAAAAAGAUGACCGACCUCACUACUUCCUCUCUGAAGGAAUUUACCUAAAUUUGAAGGAUGAAAAUGUCACAGUUGAUGCCUUUCCAUAUGAAGACUCACCAAGCUAUUAUAAAGAAAUCAUUACUUUCAUGAAAGACCACGGAAGAAGUAAGUCCAUUAGUUGGCUGUUUCUACAUGUGCAAUAGUAGGUUGACGUUUAUUGUCAUGAGACUUGUCCUGGAGGCAGAACAGAGCGAUUUCCCCUUAGAUAGGCCAGCUGCAAAGUAUUUUGGCUAUAUUGUAAAAAUUCAUGAAAACAAAAAUGUGCUUUUUGACCUGCUGAUAUGGAAAUGUGUAUGUUGCCAUAAUACCUAGCUCCAAGAAUCUGAUCAGAUUUCCAAAAUGCAUGCAACAUUGGCUCGACAGUAAUAAGAUAAUAUUUGGGCCUUAAACUUUUAUUACUCUUGUCCACCUGCGUAUUUUCUGAAGAAGAAAAAAAGUGUGUGUCUCUCUCUCUGUGAUGCGCUCGUGGGUUCGUUCUUUUCCCGUUUUCAAGGGUCCCUGCAUGCAUUUUAACCGAACAUUUGAAUUAUUGUUUUAAAUAUUAUGUAUCUAGUAUUAAUGUUAAUUAAUUACAAUGGCCCCAUGUUAAUUUACAAUAUCUUGGAAUGUUGAUUCACAAAUCAUUAGGUUUUUAUUUGCAGCUCAUUCUAUUUAAAAGUUUGCCAUCCAUUUCAGAGCAAUUUAUAAGAAAUGCUUAUCGUUAGACAAUUAGUAGGCUAGCUCAAUAUAUUGAUUGUUUACCUAGUCUAAAAUCAUAUUGACACAUGGUAAUGACUGUUGUAGGAUAUGUUAUUACAUGUUUAUUAAAACUGUAGAUGUUUUUUUAAUGACCUUUUAUUAACCCAAAACUGUUUUAGAAAUGGUAAAAUAGUCAUCCAAACUUGUAAUUAGUUCAGAAAACCAUAUCCUAUACACAUCACAGUACAUUUACAUUACUUCAUAAUUUAGUGAUAAAUAGCAAAAUAUCCUUGUUAGUGAUGUUAAAAAAUGGGGAGAUGUUGUCUGUAGAGAUUGUCACAAUGAGACCAGAUGAAAGUGACAGUGCUGUUUGGCUGAUUAGACCUCUCUCUUAUAGACAGCAUGUUCUCUGAUUUUUUUGUUGGACAUGGCAAAUUACCAGUUGUGUUGGCAAAUCAAAGCUUGUCAUUGGUUAAAUUGUUUGAUACUAGUCAUUUGUGUGUGUUUGCUUUCUGUUAGUCAUCUCUCAAGUCAACAACUUCCUUGUUGAUUAUCUUAUCAACACGAUAAAGUGGUAUCAAUAUGGGUUUAUUUGAACCACGAUUUCACACAUUUUGGCUACAGGAUUUAAAGAAUUGGUAGCUUUCAAUUUUCAAUUCAUAUUUGUUGGCAACUCAGGGAAUCCAUAAAUAUUGGAAUGAAUGAUGUUAAUGAUAAAUUCUACUGACAUGGUUGCAUAAAUCACCUUGGACCUUAUCAUUAUACUGUAAUAUAAAAAUAUUGAUAAAAUACCAGUAGAAGGGAAUUGGAGUGAGAAUUGGAGUGAUGAAAGUCCAACAGAGAAACAUCAAUGCUGCUAAAAUCUAUGUUUAAUGUUCUGAAGCUGGCAAGUUAUAUUGAUGUUUGCUUUGGGCCAGAAAUGUUCUGUUUGUAGGAAACUUCUAAUGGUUAAAGUCCAUCUGGCAGAAGUAAAGGCACUGAACUCUUUCACAUCGUCUGGGAAGAUACUGACCUUCAGUUUUCUCAAUAACCCUAAAACAUUACUCUAACCACUAAAUGUUACUCUUGGCACACUUUUUUCAUCCAUAUUUAUUGUCAGGGUACUGAUUUAGAAAUCCAUGGAUCAGAACAUUAUAGAGUGACUCUGCACUAACCAACAUAGCACAGAUGGGACUGUGUGGCCGAUGAGUGAUUCUUGUAAAUGACUGGGUUUAUCCACUUGAAAAAACUAUUUUUCCAGCAGUAAGAUUAACAGAUAGUGCAAUAAACACUGCAUAUGGGGGUACCAAAUUGGUGUUAUAUCAGGAACAGGCACUUUGAAAGCUGCCAAACCUCUUAGCUUAAUUAUGGGCCCGCCCAUGGUGAGCUUGGGGUGACAGAAGCGAAUGGUUUUGUCAGGGCUUGUCCAGGCUAGGAGUUCUGGCUCGACAUUCCAUUCACUUUUAUCCCUAUGAGAUCACCAACAGAUAACCCCUGGGCUGUCAACCUUUACCUCAACUGUGUGGUCUCUCAUUUUGGUCAACGUCUUGACAAUGUCUAGUUUUGAUUUCAGUCGUUUUUUUCAGCCACUUGUUGUCAGGUACAGAUGUGUAAUGUAAAUUGAUGCAGUACAACACAGUCCUUCAUAUUUUGUCUUCUGAUGGGAAACCUUUUGAAGUCUGAUUAUUAGCAUCCUAUCAGAGUUGAAAAACGUAAUGGCCUUCGUUCAUGAAAAAAAACAUGACCUGCUUCAAAUGGACAAACCUUAACUCCUAGACUGAAUAAAAUCCCACUAGGUUGCCUCUGGAAAAGCUCACAACUUGAUGCUUUUCAGACUACUAAAAGCAUACAUACAGAGGAAGGAAAUGCCACACGGCUGAAAGGAAGAAUACAUCAAGCUGUGUUUUCUCUUUUGUGGAGGUACAUAUGUGAAUGUUUGUCGCAGACUUGAAAAAGCUACAUGAGUGCUAACAAGGGUGCCCACAUAAUGGAGCUAAGGUACAGUAUAGCCCCCUCACUGUAAUCACACAAAAUGAGUUUCCUCAUAGUUGGAAAUGUGUUUAUAGAAGUUGUGUACUAUCUUCCUGGAAGAGAUCAAAAACAUGCGAUGAAGGACAGUAUCCAAGUCCUCUUACGAGAGUUAUUAAAGUCCCUCUAACAUGACAACAUAAUGGUCUAGAAUAUAAGUAUCAAAAACGCUCUCUGUCAUAUUUGUAUAACACUGUAAGUAAGAUACACAUUUCACAAAACACCAAAGUUGACUAGUUUCUAAACAUGCAAUUUUGCAGAGACUGUUUUAUUGGUCUUUUUUCAAGCGUCCCACCUGAAAAAAAGACUGAAAUUGAAUGUAUUCAUUGUUUAGACUAUGAUGUUCUUGAUUAUGAACAGAUUAUGGGAUGCGCUGAAUAGUGCAGCAUUAAGGUUCUCUGCUUGUUGAUGUUGUGUGAGUCAUUGGAGAGAAUGCAGCCUUGUACUAGAAAUGUUAAAUUCAGACGAGGUGGGUUGUUUGCCAUCUUUGUCUGCCACAAAGUGAAACAAAAUGUACCAAACAAUUUGAAGUGCUUUGUAUUAAGUUAAGCCCAGGCAGAUCCUUAUGAUUUCUACAACACAGGAGGACUUUUCCCCUGCCUUUUUGUACAUUUGUUUUGGACGAUGUCCAGGAGACAGCAGGACUACUUGGCAUGGCUCCUUGUGAGCUGUUUUGGAAGAGAUGAGAGUUGGGGUCUGAGUGGUGUUCUGUGCCGACAUUGGUCUAACACUCUAGGAAAUGUCUGCUAACUGGGAGGACUGCCUUAGAGCUGGCAGAAGUCACUCUGACAUAUGCAGUGAAUGGAAAUAAUGCCUAUAGACAUGCUGUCCAUGGAGUAGACGGCAUGCAAACAGAAUGGGAUUGUGUAAUGUAGACAGGCGUACAGCACAGACAGCUUUUACACACUGUAAACACACAUGCACACUCCCCUUAAAUAGCACACACACAAAUGUGCACCUUCAGUAGGUCUACCUACACAUGCUUCCUCAUAACUGCAAUCCCACAAAAGUUACAGAUUUGGAUUGAUUUCAUAUCUAUGGUUCAUAUCUAGAUCUAGUCUACCAAUAAUAAGAGCAACUGCAAUUCACAGAAUAGUGCUAACAUAAUUCACAUAAAAACAGGGAUAAGAAACCUUUGUGUUGUGUUUUUGUCUUCCCUACAGUUGUGUAUAUCUGUGGGCCUCCGGACACGUUUCUGAGUAUCAUGAAGCUUUUCCAGAGUGAGAUCCCAGACCCUGAGAACUACGCCAUCUUCUAUCUGGACGUGUUUGCUGAAAGCCUAACGGAGCGCAAGCCCUGGCUGAACAACGACAGCCUCUGGAUUGAUCCCAUCAAGGUCUUCAAGGUAAACUGCACAGACAGAGAGUUGGACAGAUAGAGAAAUAUUCCCUCCGUUGAUCCCUUUCAUUCAUUACAUUUUGCUAAUUUAACUUAUCAGAGAAAACUUUUUUAGUAUGUAAAUGUAAAUGUAGUAAUUGUGUCCAAAUACUCUGUCAAUUAUUUGGUGGUGAGCUGUCAGAGCCUUUCCCCUUCUGUCAUUGGAACCAGACAAGUUUACUAGUCUGAAACUGCCAUUUGGCAUGUGAAAUGGAUGUCUCUCACUCAGGAAAUUGAAUUCAAAGCCUCUACUUCGUGUGUGCAUCACUGGCCUGUCCAUCAACAGAAUCAUUCCACAUCCCUCUGUUCCAACUGAACCUGUAUCAAAGGGAACACAAAGUUCACCAAGUUGAGUGAAGGUUGACCGACGUGUAUGAAUUACUGUAAAGUAGUGCUGAGCGAUUAACCAACAUUUCAUUUGAACCGAGCGACAUCGGUUCAAUUACUUGAAUUCCAUUGAGUACUUAAUUUUUUGUGAGCCAAUGCGUUUCUUUAGAGAGAAAUGAAAUUAUUAAUGAGUGCAAUCAUGCCAAGAACUAUGUGGGACGCUGGACUGAAGGGAGUUUUAGUUUUCAUUAAGCAAAUAUUCAACCUAGUUCAACGCAAGAACGUGGUAAUUAACUACAAUGACCAUAAUCCAUUGUGCCUGUUUUUUCCAGCUCGGACCGAGAUGGAUACACUUUUACGCCUGGUAUGUUAGGUUAGAUACACACAGACCGCAUGAGAAAGGAAUGUACACAACACAACCAAAAGAGGGAUAGAGACAGUGUGUGAAUGUAUGCCUUAUUUACUUUAAAGAAGUACAAUUAUUUCGUCAGACAGCUCUGCAGCAUGCUUAGGCAGGCUAGCCUAGAUAAAUAGGAAUACUAAAGGCAGGACAGUAUUUGGGGAGCACAGAGAACGUUGUUUGGCUGCUACUGCCUGAGCAGAGAUGAGAUGAUGACUUUAAGGAAUUAAAAAUAAUAAAGUCAUCAAAUAAAAAUUCAGUAAUAUACACACUAAAAUAUUUAAUUAUUUCAUAGUAACUUCCUAUUUUUCAAUUGAUGUCUACCCAAUGUGGACCUGAUGGAGACAAUGGAAUAUUUUCAAUGUUUUGGCUUUGGAAUUUCCAUUAAAAAGCUAACAAAUCAUUUUAAUGUCAUUAUUUCAUCAUGCCUAUGAUAACAAUGAGUUGUCCCACAAAUUCCAAACGGAAAUUGCAAUGUGCAGAUGGAUAAAGCUUUUAUUUGAAUCACUGUUAAGUAAAAUGAGAGCGCUUCUCUGAUCAACGUGAUAACGAAGUAAAACUUCAUAAUGGUUCCGACUCGGCAUGCAAUAAUCUGUAGAAAGGUCAUAAUUCUUCCCUGCCUCCUCUCCGUCUCUGCUCGGAGGACUUUAAUGAUUAGAUGGAGUUAAUAAAGGAGAUAAUGUGUUUUCAGCUAAAAGCCACUUAGUCCUACAUAUUGAUGUGUUGAGAAAUAAGUAAGUGGGGGGUACAGAUGCUUCUCUCCCAAUUUGGUCGUUAAAUGUCACUGAUUACGCUGCAGUUACUAUAGACAGUAUCGGAAAUAAUGACGUUGAACUCCUAAUGAAAGGCACUACAAAUGGCUUUGGAUUGAUAAAGACAAGGUAGGCUUAUUAACUUGACUGAAAAAGUGUGUGCUAUUUUCUGGUAAUUGCAGGUCUUUUUUCUGAAGCGUUACAAUAAUAAGGCUAGAUAUAGCAGACACAACAUGAAGGCACUUAGAUGGAGAUAGAUAAGCUAUUUGUAAAGCACUUUGUUGAGACCCAAUACAUAGUUAAAAUUGAUGCCUCUGCUUGUGAUAUACCUUCUAAUAUUUGUAACAUAAGAUUUUGGCCCUCUUUUACUGAUUAUACAACAUCUUAAUUUGACUACAAGCAGUAACAUGAUUUCUGGCAAUAUGCAGCUCAUAGAACGUUGAUUGCUUUUGGAAGUUAGUUGUCGAUUGUUUAUCAUUACUGUGUCUGACCAUUCAGCCAGAUUUAGCCUAUAUCAAUAAUAACAAGGCAAAGUGCAAGUGAAAACUCAACUGAUGACCAUAGAUUAAAUCUUUGGCCGAAACUGUGCUUUUUCAUCCAAACAAUAUGCCUCCAUCCAAAUAUAAUCAAACAAUGUCACAACUGUGGUCUAAUAGCAAUUUGUAAAAAGUGGUGCAAAUAGAACAUUUGGUAAACAUAAGCAAUAUACAGAGUUACCACAGCUGCUCUUCUGAGUUUUUGCCCUAGUCUUCAAGACAUGUCCAUAAGUUUAAGUGCAUUUGGACACAGCUAAUUGUGCAUUCUUCACCAUAAAUGUUGUUGCUGUUUACUCAUAAGGGACUGUUCAUUAGACUGUUUGGAUUAUAAAAUAGGAUAAAUCUGUUCAUUAUUAAUCCUACUUAAAAGCAUUUCAAAUUACAUUUGAAUCAUUUACAUUUCCACCCAGUAGAAAAUCACUCUGCAUGCCAUGAUUAUAAAUCUUGAAGAAGAAAAGGAGAGCUGCACACUCUAGGAGCUCAGAUGCAAUAAUUUUAUAACCUAAUAACCAACGUUUCGACAGACAAGCUGUCUUCAUCAGGGUAUAAUGACAAACACUGCGGGUCACUAGUUUAUACAGUGUCAAAGGACACACACAGGUGUCUGUAAUCAUGGCCGGGUGUGGCCUGAUAUCAUUGGUUAAUUCACAGAUAAACAGAACAUACAAAAAACAUGAAUGGAUAGCAUACGAUCAUAGAUUAAACUUGGCUACAUAGGCCCACAAACAUUUUACAAUGAAAUGAUUACAGACACCUGCGUGUGUCCUUUGACACUAUAUAAACUAGUGACCCGCAGUUUGUCAUUAUACCCUGAUGAAGACAGCUUGUCUGUCGAAACGUUAGUUAUUAGGUUAUUAAAUUAUUACAUCUGAGCUCCUAGAGUGUGCAGCUCUCCUUUUCUUUUUCAAGUGCUCUACUCCGUUAGCCAGCACCUCACCUAAAUAGGUGUGUGUUUCUUUCGCCUCCAAAUGAUUAUAAAUCUGUCAUAGUUGGUACAUGUUUAUGAUGCUCUGGGUGUAAUUCCCCAGUAAUCUUCUACUUUCUCAUUGUUGUCUCUUUCUUUCUCCCAGUCUGUGUUGGUAAUAACAUACAGGGAGCCUGAUAAUCCAGAGUACAAAGAGUUUCAAGAUGAGCUCCACAUUAGAGCUCAGAAGGACUUUGAUGUGAACAUAGAACCCUCUCUGGUAAGUUGUUUGAAAUCCUGCCACAGCUAAGCCACUGCCAUAAAAGAGAUCAUUUAUGCAUAGUAAUUAAUGGAUUUCUUUGAUUCAUUAAAUACUUGACUCCUUCUUUGUGAAGAUUAAUGGCGUUUUGGCAGUCUAACUGGGCUCAACCAGAUAUUUAAAUAGAGACAGCCAGGGAGUAGAGCCAUGCCUAUAGGGGUCAAGGUAGAAUUCCAGGCAAAUAGUAAACAAAAGCUGCAUAUGUGAAUGAAGAUCAUGAAGACUACUCUCUUGCUGGCUGAUGUUGAUCCAAGAUGGCGUUGCAGUGCGGUCGUGUAUUCUGUUGUGUUCUCGUGUAAAUAGACAGUUUUUUUUUGUCUUUUUUUGUAUAUAUUUCUCUAUCUCACUUUCCAUCCUUUAACUAAAUAUACUUUCCUGCAACCCGCCUCACCCAAUGUGGAACAGAUUCUAUUAUUUCUUUAUACCUUUUAUCAAGAACCUAUGGCUGAAACUAGCCAGCUAGCCAGCUAACUAGCUACUUGCUAUUAGCCACCGUUAGUGGUCUUCACCACUGUCCGUGGCCUGCACUACCUACCAGCCAGCUCUAGCCUGGACAAUUAUUGACCAGUCUGCACAGCGUGCUAUCGACCCAGAGCAUAUCGGAUUUUCUGCGGGAAUCACUGAAUCACUGGACCUUAACACCGGAUCAUCGCAACUAGCUAGCUGCAACCGAAUGGCUGUUGUUGGCUAAUUCACCACUGUCCCGAUGCACCAGUUAGCCUUGAGCUAGCCUCGAGCCAGGCCCAUCUCCCGGCUAUCUACCUCUCUGUCAACCGGACAGGACCUCCUAGUGUCGACACGGAGCCCCGCCGAUCUAUCACGACUGGUCUGCCGACGUAAUCGUCUGAUGUGGUUUCAACAGGCUUCCCGUUGCGACGACCACGAAGAUCCAUCUGCUAUCCCCGGCCCGCUAGCACGCGCAAUCAACAGCCGUGCCUCCUGCUCGCCUGUGCAGUAGCUGCCUACGAACUGCUCCCAGACUUACCUAUUGCUAUUCACUGGACCUUAUGAUCACUCAGCUACACAGCUGAUGACUGCUGGACUGUUUCUUUACACGGUACUCCAUCUUGUUUAUCUGUUUAGCCUCAGCCCAAACUUUCGUUGCCAUUACCAGUUGUUGUUUUAGCCCUCUCGAAUAACACCUGUGAUUGCGUUAUGCCUCUCUCCCAUGUCAAUAUGCCAAGCCUAUUGCUGUUUGGGUUAGUUCUUAUUGUACUAUUUCACUGUAGAGCCCCCAGUCCCGCUCAACCUGCCUCAGAUAGCUCCUUUGUCCCACCCCCCCAUACACGCAGAGACCGGCUCAAUCGGUACCUCCAGUGAUGCUAUAUGUACUAUGUACUCAUAUCCUUCCAUAUCCUUGUCUGUACAUAAUGCCCUGAAUCUAUUCUACAACGCCCGGAAAUCUGCCCCUUUUAUUCUCUGUACCCAACGCACUUGAAGACCAGUUCUUAAAGCUUUUAGCCGUAUUCCUUAUUCUAUUCCUCCUCUGUUCCUCUGGUGAUGUAGAGGUUAACCCAGGCCCUGUAGCCCCCAGUAUCACUCCUACUCCCCAGGCGCUAUCAUUUGUUGACUUCUGUAACCGUAAAAGCCUUGGUUUCUUGCAUGUUAACAUCAGAAGCCUCCUCCCCAAGUUUGAGUUAUUCACUGCAUUAGCACACUCUGCCAACCCUGAUGUUCUAGCAGUGUCUGAAUCCUGGCUUAGAAAGGCCACCAAAAAUUCAGAAAUGUCCAUCCCGAACUACAACAUUUUCCGUCUAGAUAGAACUGCCAAAGGGGGCGGAGUUGCAAUCUACUGUAGAGAUAGCUUGCAGAGCUCUAUCAUACUAUCCAGGUCUGUGCCCAAACAGUUUGAGCUUCUACUUCUAAAAAUCCACCUUUCCAGAAAUAAGUCUCUCACUGUUGCCGCUUGCUACAGACCCCCCUCAGCCCCCAGUUGUGCCCUGGACACCAUAUGUGAAUUGCUUGCCCCCCAUCUAUCCUCAGAGUUCGUACUGCUUGGUGACCUAAACUGGGAUAUGCUUAACACCCCGGCCGUCCUACAAUCUAAACUAGAUGCCCUCAAUCUCACACAAAUGAUCAAGGAACCUACCAGGUACAACCCUAAAUCCGUAAACAUGGGCACCCUCAUAGAUAUCAUCCUGACUAAUUUACCCUCUAAAUAAACCUCCGCUGUCUUCAACCAGGAUCUCAGUGAUCACUGCCUCAUUGCCUGCAUCCGUAAUGGGUCCGCGGUCAAACGACCACCCCUCAUCACUGUCAAACGCUCUCUAAAACACUUCAGCGAGCAGGCCUUUCUAAUUGACCUGGCCCGGGUAUCAUGGAUGGAUAUUGACCUCAUUCCGUCAGUGGAGGAUGCCUGGAUGUUCUUCAAUAGUGCUUUCCUCUCCAUCUUAAAUAAGCAUGCCCCAUUCAAAAAAGGCAUAACUAAGAACAGAUAUAGCCCCUGGUUCACCCCAGACUUGACUGCCCUUGACCAGCACAAAAUCAUCCUGUGGCGUACUGCAUUAUCAUCGAACAGCCACCGCGAUAUGCAACUUUUCAGGGAAGUCAGGAACCAAUAUACACAAUCCGUUAGGAAAGCAAAGGCUAGCUUUUUCAAACAGAAAUUUGCAUCCUGUAGCACUAACUCCAAAAAGUUUUGGGACACUGUAAAGUCCAUGGAGAAUAAGAGCACCUCCUCCCAGCUACCCACUGCACUGAUGCAGUGGUCCUCUGUAGCUCAAUUGGUAGAGCAUGGCGCUUGUAACACCAGGGUAGUGGGUUCGAUCCCCGGGACCACCCAUACGUAAAAAUGUAUGCACACAUGACUGAAAGUCGCUUUGGAUAAAAGCGUCUGCUAAAUGGCAUAUUAUUAUUAUUUAUUAUUAUGCUAGGAAUCACUGUCACCACCGAUGAAUGUACGAUAAUCGAGAAUUUCAAUAAGCAUUUUGCUACGGCUGGCCAUGCUUUCCACCUGGCUACCACUACCCCGGCCACCAGCUCUGCACCCUCCGCUGCAACUUGCCCAAGCCCCCCCCUCCCCCGCUUCUCCUUCACCCAAAUUCAGAUAGCUGAUGUCCUGAAAGAGCUGCAAAAUCUGGACCCCUAGAAAUCAGCUGGGCUAGACAAUCUGGACCUUUUCUUUCUAGAAUUAGCUGCCGAAAUUGUAGCAACCCCUAUUACUAGCCUGUUCAAACUCUCUUUCGUAUCGUCUGAGAUCCCCAGAGAUUGGAAAGCUGCCGCGGUCAACCCCCUCUUCAAAGGGGGUGACACUCUAGAUCCAAACUGUUACAGACCUAUAUCCAUCCUGCCUGCCUUUCGAAAGUAUUUGAAAGCCAAGUUAACAAACAGAUCACCGACCAUUUAGAAUCCCACCGUACCUUCUCCGCUAUGCAAUCUGGUUUCCGAGCUGGUCAUGGGUGCACCUCAGCCACGCUCAAGGUCCUAAACGAUAUAAUAACCGCGAUUGAUAAAAGACAGUACUGUGCAGCUGUCUUCAUCGACCUGGCCAAGGCUUUUGACUCUGUCAAUCACUGCAUUCUUAUUGGCAGACUAAAUAGCCUUGGUUUCGCAAAUGACUGCCUCGCCUGGUUCACCAACUACUUCUCAGAUAGAGUUCAAUGUGUCAAAUUGGAGGGCCUGUUGUCUGGACCUCUGGCAGUCUCUAUGGGGGUGCCACAGGGUUCAAUUCUCGGGCCGACUCUAUUCUCUGUGUAUAUCAAUGAUGUCGUUCUUGCUGCUGGUGAUUCUCAGAUCCACCUCUAUGCAGACGACACCAUUUUGUAUACAUCUGGCCCUUCAUUGGACACUGUGUUAACAAACCUCCAAACGAGCUUCAAUGCCAUACAACACUCCUUCCGUGGCCUCCAACUGCUCUUAAACGCUAGUAAAACUAAAUGCAUGCUCUUCAAUCGAACGCUGCUUGCACCCGCCCGCCCGACUAGAAUCACUACUCUCGGCAGGUCUGACUUAGAAUAUGUGGACAACUACAAAUACCUAGGUGUCUGGUUAGACCGUAAACUCUCCUUCCAGACUCACAUUAAGCAUCUCCAAUCCAAAGUGAAAUCUAGAAUCGGCUUCCUAUUUCGCAACAAAGCGUCCUACACUCAUGCUGCCAAACAUGCCCUCGUAAAACUGACUAUCCUACCGAUCCUUGACUUCGGCGAUGUCAUUUACAAAAUAGCUUCCAACACUCUACUCAGCAAAUUGGAUGUAGUCUAUCACAGUGCCAUCCGUUUUGUCACCAAAGCCCCAUAUACUACGCACCAUUGUGACCUGUACGCUCUCGUUGGCUGGCCCUCACUACAUAUUCGUCGCCAAACCCACUGGCUCCAGGGCAUCUAUUUUAUUUAAUUAACAUUUUUAUUUUACCUUUAUUUAACUAGGCAAGUCAGUUAAGAACAAAUUCUUAUUUACAAUGACGGCCUACACCGGCCAAACCCGGACGACGCUGGGCCAAUUGUGCGCCGCCCUAUGGGACUCCCAAUCACGGCCGGUUGUGAUACAGUCUGGAAUCGAAACCAGGGGAGGAAUGGCGGCCUAGAAGUGAUCUAUAAAUCACUUCUAGGCAAAUCCCCGCCUUAUCUUAGCUCAUUGGUCACCAUAGCAACACCCACCCGUAGUAUGCGUUCCAGCAGGUAUAUCUCACUGUGUCACGUUCGUUUAAUGACGGGUCAGACCAAGGCGCAGCGUGAUAUGCGUACAUGUUUAUUUUUACUGUUAAACACACGACAAAACAACGAAGGAAACGAAACGUGAAGUUCAAGGUAGCACACACAACAUACCUUAACCGGAACAAGAUCCCAAAAACUAGACUGUGCCAAUAGGCUGCUUAAGUAUGGUCCCCAAUCAGAGACAACGAGCGACAGCUGCCUCUGAUUGGGAACCACACCGGCCAACAUAGAUCCACACAUGCUAGAUAUACAACAUAGAAUAUAUACAAACAAAGAAUAUACACACCCUGACUCAACAUAUAAGAGUCCCCUGAGUCAGGGCGUGACAGUACCCCCCCCCCCCCCCCCCCCCCCCCAAAGGUGCCAGACUCCGACCGCACAACAUAAACAUAACAGGGUAGGGGCCGGGUGGGCAUUCCGCCUCGGAGGAGGAUCCGGCUCGGGGCGUGACGACCUCUCACUCUCCGCCUCCCUGUUGCGCCCCUGGUCUGGUCUGGACCUCGGCGCGCUACUUCCCCUCUCCUUCCUCCCACGAUACGCCAGGCCCAGUCUGGACCCUGGUGUGGAAGACCCCGAACCUGGAGAGGGGCUGACGUCAUGGUCUGGACUGGAGCCGCUGACCGGAGCUGGACUUGGCACCGGUGGAGCGGACUGCUCUGGCUCCGGAGUGGAGCCGCUGACCGGAGCUGGAUCAGGCACCGGUGGAGCGGACUAAUCUGGCUCCGGAGUGGAGCCGCUGACCGGAGCUGGACUGGACCCCGGUGGAGCGGACUGCACUGGCUCCGGAGUGGCGCAGCUGACCGGAGCUGGAUCAGGCACCGGUGGAAUGGGCACGGGCCGUGCUGGACUGGACAAAAACACCACUGGUCUGGUGCGAAGAGCAGGCACGGGCCGGACCUGACUAGGAACACGCACCAUUGGCUUGGUGCGAGGGGCAGGAACGGGCCGGGCCGGACUGGCGACGCGCACACUGGCUUGGUGCGAGGAGCAGGAACAGGCCGGGCCGGUGCGACGCGCACCACUGGCUUGGCGAGGACAUGAACAGGCCGGGCCGGGCUGGCGACGCGCACCACUGCUUGGUUCGAGGAGCAGGAAACAGGCCGGGCCGGCUGGCGAGCGCACGCCCACUGGCUUGGUGCGAGAGCAGCGAGGGGAACACAGGAAAACAGGCCGGCGGGCUGGCGACGCGCACCACUGGCUUGGUACGAGGAGCAGGAACAGGGCCGGAGCCGGGCUGGCGACACGCACCACUGGCUUGUGCGAGGGGCAGGAACGGGCGGGGCGCCGUACUGGGAACACGCACCACUGGCUUGGUGCGGGGAGCAGGAACGGGCCGGACCGGACUGGCGACACGCACCACUUGCUUGGUGCGAGGAGCAGGACUGGGUUCCUUUGUUAACCCCCGCUCCUUCUGCUGCCUAACCAGCUCCUCUCGCCGUGCCUCUACUCUUUCCUUCUCCCUUUUAGCCUCCUGUAGCGCCUCCCUCUGACCGAAUAACUCCUGCUCCCUCUGAACCAAUAGCCCCCGUAACAUGGUGGCCUCCUCUCCUAACCUGCAGAUCCGCCCUUUAAUGGCCUCCUGCUGCCUCGUCGUCCACACCGUGUGCCCCCCCAAAAAAUGUUUCUUGGGGUUGCCUUUCGGGUCUCCGUCGUCGGCACUGUUGGCGCCGUUUCUCCUCUCCUACCUGGGCAUCCUCCUUCAUCGCCCUCCGAUAAUGGACGGCCUCCUCCUCCGUAAUUCUCCCCCAACCGAGGAGGACAUCUACUAACGUAACCUCCUGUUGAGUCCCAGGCGUUUGCUCCUUCUCGGCACGCUGCUUGGUCCUUGUUUGGUGGGAUCUUCUGUCACGUUCGUUUAAUGACGGGUCAGACCAAGGCGCAGCGUGAUAUGCGUACAUGUUUAUUUUUACUGUUAAACACACGACAAAACAACAAAGGAAACGAAACGUGAAGUCCAAGGUAGCACACACACAACAUACCUUAACCGGAACAAGAUCCCACAACUAGACUGUGCCAAUAGGCUGCUUAAGUAUGGUCCCCAAUCAGAGACAACGAGCGACAGCUGCCUCUGAUUGGGAACCACACCGGCCAACAUAGAUCCACACAUGCUAGAUAUACAACAUAGAAUAUAUACAAACAAAGAAUAUACACACCCUGACUCAACAUAUAAGAGUCCCCUGAGUCAGGGCGUGACACACAGGUCAUCCCCAAAGCCUACACCUCCUUUGGCCGCCAUUCCUUCCAGUUCUCUGCUGCAAAUGACUGGAACGAAAUGCAAAAAUCUCUGAAGCUGGAGACACUUAUCUACCUCACUAACUUUAAGCAUCAGUUGUCAGAGCAGCUUACCGAUCACUGCACCUGUACACAGCCAAUCUGUAGUUAGCCCACCCAACUACCUCAUCCCCAUAUUGUUAUUUACAUUGUUAUUUAUUUUGCUCAUUUGCACCCCAGUAUCUCUAUUUGCACAUCAUCUUCUGCACAUCUAUCACUCCAGUGUUAAUACUAAAUUGUAAUUAUUUUGCACUAUGGCCUAUUUAUUGCCUUACCUCCAUAACUUACUACAUUUGCACACACUGUAUAUAGAUUUUCUACUGUGUUAAUGACUGUACGUUUUGUAUAUUCCAUAUGUAACUGUGUUGUUGUUGUUUUUAUCGCACUGCUUUGCUUUAUCUUGGCCAGGUCGCAGUUGUAAAUGAGAACUUGUUCUCAACUGGCUUACCUGGUUAAAUAAAGGUGAAAUAAAAAAUUUAAUAAAAAUGUACAGACCUCCGUUCCUUUCAGAUGGAUUUCAUUGCUGGCUGCUUCUAUGAUGGCUUUGUGAUGUAUGCUAAGGCCUUGGAGGAGACACUGGCGGAGGGGGGCUCCCAGAACGAUGGAAUCAACAUCACACAGAGGAUGCAAAACCUGCGAUUUUGGGGUGAAUAUUAUGAGUUGAUCAUAGUGCUGCUUUUAGUUGACUUUGCAUUCAUCCAUUUUGUGUCAGUUGGGUAGGAAAGAGGUCUAGAAUUUUUUUAACCCGUUUUUGCCAUUAUGACUGAUAUGAAAGGUCUAAAUGUUAAGGUUUUCUGUGUUUAAGGGGUUACAGGACUUGUGACCACAGACAAAAACAAUGCCAGGAACACUGAUUUCAACCUCUGGGCAAUGACAAACCAGGAAUCUGGAGAGUAUGGGGUAAGUGAUACUUCUGCAGGUAGAUCAAUUUAAGCAAGACAUUUACAUUUUAGAAGACACUCUUAUCCAGAGCGACUUACAGUUAGUGAGAGCAUAAAUUUUUCAUACUGGCCCCCCGUGGGAAAUGAACCCACAACCCUGGCGUUGCAAGCACCAUGCUCUACCAACUGAGCUAUAGCUUUGCUAUUUUAGAAUCCACUCACAAAAAGACACAACUUGCAAUUUUGUUAUCAAGCUUUACAGUCAUGUUUACAGUCAUGGUAGUUAUUACUCUUCCAAAAAGGACCAAUAGUUUAUCAACAUUACACAAUUCAUUUGUUGCUAAUUUACCAUAGUGGUAAACCGGCCACCAUUAUUUUAUACUUCAUGCAAAUAUGUUCUGAUGAGUGGCCGUAUGUUCACUAUGACGAAGAUACUUUCAGGUUAGUUUUGAGUGUGACUUACAAGAGAAUCAAUAUGAGUUCCCCAAGUAAACAUUUGGCAUUAUCAAUGUGUUUUCCUAUGUGAACAUUCAAUAACAGUGUUCAUUUUCAAAUUCCUGCUUUUACAAUAUCCCACAUUUGGAGAUGAAGGAUGCAGAGCUAUUCUUUUAAAGAAUCUUGUUUAUUUAUUGUUUAUCGCUAUAGCCAACAUUUCCAUAUAAAUUGAUAUUUCUAAACUACAAAAAUAUCUGUUGUCAAAAUAUCAAUUUGUGCACUUUAUGAUUUAUAAAAAUGGAUUUCAAUAGUAAACUCAGUGACAAUAAAUAAUAACAGUGAAUGCGAGCAGUACUUUCGGGGGACUGGUCCAAUCUGUUCCAGAUGUUAGUUUUCUGUAAUUACUGUAACAAGAAUUUCCCUCGAUUCCUCUCCGCAUAGUGAAUUAUGUGGAGCUGAAAACCCAAUGCUUUGCUUGUGCAUUGCCAAUUUGCCAUCAAUGUAUUUAAAAGCAAAUGUUCAACAUCAUGCAAAGGCUAAGGGCUAUUACUGUUUGGGAGAUAUUCUGGGGUCCUGACUCUUAAUGAUAAGAUGUCUUGUGCUCUACAAACACUUCAUUGUGGUCCUCUGUAGCUCAGCUGGUAGAGCACGGCGCUUGUAACGCCAAGGUAGUGGGUUCGAUCCCCGGGACCACCCAUACACAAAAAUGUAUGCACGCAUGACUGUAAGUCGCUUUGGAUAAAAGCGUCUGCUAAAUGGCAUAUAUAUGUCUCUCUGAACUGUUCCAGAGUUGCUUUCUGGAGGACAAACAUUUUACCGAUCGAUCAGUGUCCACUAACCUAACCAAAACUCCCUGAUGUGAAUAAAUCACUGAAUAGAAAGACAUGGUUCUAUAGAAACCAGCAGCUAUUGAAGCCAUUGAUGACUGGUUGAGUUGAAUGGCCCUCCUGCUUCUCAACAAACUUUUACAACCUGCUUAGUUUUUAUGGCCCUCUCAGUGGGGCUGCCCUUCUCCUUCACAGACUGAGUAGCAGGGAGGACCCAACCCAACAUGCCUGUCUGGCCCCCCACUAGGGAGGCAGGCUAUAUUGACAUUCUCCAAUGGCUGGUUAGAGACAUAGGAGUCAUGUUUCACAAUGCCCUUCUGUGACAAGGGAAGCUAUUAACAGGGCUGGCAAAUGCCAUAUCAUCAAACAAAAAAACUCCCGCCGCCUGAGCUGAAAGACCUUUUUCAAAACUACUAAUUAGUUUGAAAAGUGCCAGUAAGUCAACGAUUCCCUGUCUUGCUUUAUACAUUAUUAUAUUUUAAUGUUGAACAUUUUAGUCAUAAAGUUAUUUAUUAUGGGCAUGCCCCCAAAACAUUCAUGCCAACCUUUUGAUUUCUUCACUGAUGGGCUUACAUGUUUUAAAGGCAUUGAAGGAGAGUAGCAGCUAUUUUAAUAUGCAGCUUUAAUGCUACUGUGAAUUUAAACAGGCUCUCAUUUUCAUAAUACUGUGUGGUGUGAUAUUUAUUUGAAGUGGGAGAAAAAGGGCUCAUUUUGAUUAUGUAACAUGCUCCAUAGUCAUCCCUCUGAAUGUAUCAUUUGGCCAUGGGAAUCGAGUUUGUAAACAAAGCAAAAACUUUUUCUUGGUGUUUUGCAGCUUGUGGCCCAUUACAAUGGAACUAACAAAGAGAUCAUCUGGUCCUCAACGGAGAGGAUUCAUUGGCCCAAAGGGAGCCCACCUCUGGAUAACCCACCGUGCGUCUUUUCUUCUGAUGAUCCAAUCUGCGUUGAUGGUAGGUCAAGUAGGCUGGCUCCUGUACAAGUGAUGAAUGGUUAAGUCAGGUGCUUAUAUAGUAUUACAGCAGUUUGAAUAAUUAUGUAAAAUGUUGUACCAUCUUUGUUGAUGCUAUUUCAUGUGCAACAUGGUUUUUCAUGGAAGGCAUGUAGAGAUGAAAACUUUGACUACUGUAUAAGGAGAAACACUUCUUAUGAAGAAAUGUACAUGUAUUAGAUAAUAAAGAAUAAUUAGGUAGGCCACUGCAAUGAAGUGAUAUGGUAUCUAUAGAUAAUGAAUGAGUGGGAGGGUGAUGAGAAGCAACAAUCUCUCCAACAAGUGGAGUCCAUCCAUGAUUAAUUAUCUGAUGUGUGAGUCUGGCUGUUUGUCGCCAGUGGUGUAGGAGGAAGACCGGAGGGAGACCAGCACAAUGAUAUACAGCAGGGUUCCCCAAUUGGCAUGAUUUUAUUUGGCCCCCCAAUUUUUGUUUUUCAAUAAACACUAAAAACACCAGCAAAUAAGCUCCAAGUGAUUUGGAUUUUGGAAAUCUUUUCCAAAGUAUUCCCGCGCAUAAUUGAGAGAUAGAUAUACAAUAUGUGAUCAUAUACAAAUGUAAGGUUUGAAAUCUGUUUGGGCUUCUUUCGGUCAAUUUGCAGUCAACAAAUUAUUAGUAAUUAUGUUCCGGCUCCCCGGCCAUCCGCUCAAGAAAAAAAUCAGCCCACGGGUGAAUCUAGUUGAUAUACAGUAUGCCUGGUGAACAAGGUUAAGAGACCAAAAGGAUCCUGCCUUGUUUAGGAAUGACCUUCUGACUCAAUUAGCAUGAGUUGGACUGAAGGGGAACUGGAAUGGAGCAACACAGAUGGUCACUUAAAGAAGAAUGGUUGAAAAAGGCACAUUUGAAAAUACUGAGGUGAUACAAGUGCUGUGUUAUAUAUAUCUUCAAGACGCCACAAGUUUGAGCUUAAUUUAUGCUAGUGUGGAAGUACAAUUCGUUAUUUUUUUUAGGAAUUUCAGGAUUGUUGAAAUGUUACUGGUGGAUAUUAUGUCUGUAAGUGCUGGCAAAUAUAGCAUACCCAAAUACAGAAUAUAUUAAUUUCAGGAACGUAUUGUGUGAUUUUUGAAAGCAUAAUUUGGUUCCCUGUAUUUUCAGCUCACCUUCCAGUGCUGGGGAUUGUAGCUGUUGGGUCUGGCUUAGCCCUCAUCAUUUUUGGAAUCUCCAGCUUCCUCAUUUACAGGUGAGUUGUUUGUUCACGCAGGCUUGAGCUCUGAAGACGGAGUAGUUGAAAUAAACAUAUUUCAUCUUGGAGGGAGAGAGAGAGCGGGAGAGCGAGAGAGCGAGUGAGCGGGAGUGAUAGAGAGUGAGAUAUUUAUUUAGAAGGAACACAAAAGGUUCCAGCAUGGAAUUGACAUGACUGUUGCCAUGAGCAACCGCUCAGCAGCUGAUGGUGCAGAAGUAUGUCAGUUGCCAAGGCAAACUCAGUUACACUACCUGGCCUAAAUACAGUGCCUUCAGAAAGUAUUCACACUUUUUCCACAUUUUGUUGUGUUACAGCCUGAAUUUUAAAUGGAUUACAUUUAGAUUUUUUUUGCCACUGGCCUACACACAAUACCCCAUAAUGUCAAAGUGGAAUAAUGUUUUUAGAUUUUUUGUUGUUGAAAUUAUUUUAAAAUGAAAAGCUGAAUUGUCUUGAGUCAAUAAAUAUUCAACCCCUUUUUAAUGUCAAGCCUAAAUAAGUUCAGGAGUAAAAAUAUGUUUAACAAGUCACAUAAUAAGUUGCAUGGACUUUUUGAAUGACUACCUCAUCUCUGUACCCCACACAUACAAUUAUCUGUAAGGACCCUCAGUCGAGCAGUGAAUUUCAUACACAGAUUAUACCACAAAGACCAGGGAGGUUUUCUAAUGCCUCGUAAAGAAGGUAGAUUGGUAAAAAUUAACUGACAUUGAAUAUACCUUUGAGCAUGGUGAAGUUAUUAAUUACACUUUGGAUGGUGUAUCAAUACACCCAGUCACUACAAAGAUACAGGCGUCCUUCCUAACUCAGUUGCCGGAGAGAAAGGAAACCGCUCAGGGAUUUCACCAUGAGGCCAAUAGUCACUUUAAAACAGUUACGGAGUUUAAUGGCUGUGAUAGGAGAAAACAACUGAGGAUGGAUCAACAACAUUGUAGUUACUCCACAAUACGAACCUAAUUGACAGAGUGAAAAGAAGGAAGCCUGUACAGAAUAAAAAAUAUUCCAAAACAUGUAUCCUUUUUACAACAAGGCACUAAAGUAAUACUGUGAAAAAUGGGGCAAAGUGUUAUGUUUGGGGCAAAUCCAAUACAACAUAUUAAUGAGUACCACUCUCCAUAUUUUCAAGCAUAGUGGUGGCUGCAUCAUGUUAUGGGUAUGGACUGGGAUAAAAAAAUAAACUGAAUGGAGCUAAGCACAGGCAAAAUCCUAGAGGAAAACCUGGUUCAGUCUGCUUUCCACCAGACACUGGGAGAUUAAUGUACCUUUCAGAAGGACAAUGACCUAAAACACAAGGCCAAAUCUACUCUGGAGUUGCUUACCAAGAAGACAGUGAAUGUUCCUGAGUGGACGAGUUACAGUUUUGACUUAAAUCUACUUGAACAUCUGUGGCAAGACCUGAAAAUGGUUGUUUAGCAAUGAUCAACAACCAAUUUGACAGAGCUUGAAGAAUUUUAAAAAGAAUAAUGGGCAAUCUCUUAGAGACUACCCAGAAAGACUCACAGCUGUAAUUGCUGCCAAAGGUGCUUCUACAAAGUAUUGACUCAGGGGUGUGAAUACUUAUGUAAUAAAUUAGCAAAUUAUUCUAAAAACAUGUUUUCACUUUGUCAUUAUGGGGUAUUGUGUGUAGAUGGAUGAGGAAAAACAUUUAUUUAAUCAAUUUUGAAAAUCGGGCUGUAACACAACAAAAUGUGGAAUAAGUCAAGGGGUAUAAAUACUUUCUGAAGGCACUGUAGUUGUACGCCUGCAUAGUUACGCUGAAAUAAUAAUCAUUAACACGUUCCUUUGUUAUUAUUCUUUACACUGAAUGUAGACUGAGACCUUUGGUUGAUCCCCACUCGCAUUGUAUGAACUUUGCUACAAACCUGUUUGUGAACUGAUCUAGAGUUGUAGUGAGCUUUCAGAAAUAAGUUAUAGUUUUGCUUAAUUGGCUUUUUAAUUGCGGUGGCUAAAAAAAACCACCCUCGUGCUUAUGCAUCUGCUGGAAAAAUAAUUGGUACUCUGAACCCUGUCUAUCUAGAGAAACGUGUAAAUGUUUGUACGUGCACUUCAUGCAGAUGGAGCUUUGAGCAGUAAAUGAAAGCAUCUACUGUAACCCCAAAUAUUGAUGUUAAUGUUGUCAGUCACAGGUGGACCCUUGAUAUUUCAUAUUAAUUAUGUUUAAUAUCAAAACAUGAAUUGCCCUCCCUCUAUUUGCCAGGAUUUUAAUGACCAAAUGUUUAUAAUUUCAUAUCACAGUUAGUUACCUUAAAAUGUUUGCCUUAGGAAAUGGAGAUGGUUGCAUUGUUGAAAAGUGAAACAUAGAAACAAAUACAUAUAGACAUAUUUUUGGGGCAUUGGCUAUAAAAUGAAACUCCAUGGUUUGGCCAUAUAUGGGGUUCUCUUAUACGAAAUGUGAACACACAUUUUCUCACAGACGUCACAAAGUAUUGUGAUUUUCUUCCAUGUGUAUUGUACACAAUUCAAAGGAGGGUCAGCUUGGCUUUCUAAUGAAGUCUGACUGGGGUUUAAAUGUGUGUGCAGUGUGAGGGGAAGUUGAGCAGAACCUACAAGGCUCUAUAGUUUAAUGGAGGGUUGGUCCAGCAAAGGUAUUCACAUAUGGGAUUUAUGAAACAAUAGAGCUAGUGUGGAGCCCUACACUUUGGUGCUGCGGCUGCCAGAGGCCUGCAAACGAAGGCCUUUAAAUAGAAAAAUACUUUUUGGGGAGAGAUAAUUGGUUUAAUGGUGUUUCCUGCCCUGAAAGGUUGCGCUGCUCCCCAGCAUUCUUCCACACGGGCACAGUCCAGAGAGGUUAUAUACUCACCGGCAUGGAACAAAUAACGUUACACAAAUCAACAAACAAUCAUGUUUGUAUCUGGCUUUAGUUUUUACUAAUAGUAGCUGAUCAGAUACCAACUUAGUAAAAUUAGGCUUAUCUUGUAGUUAUUAUGUUUGGUACAACUUAUGUCCGUUUUUGAAGUUUCUGAAUUUAAACCCUAUUAAAGGCAGAAUUUAAAACAUACUUACAGUUAAUACAGUUUCCUGCUUAGUCAAGGAGUCACUUGAAAGCCCAGUGCCUUUUUGUUUUUAAACUCUGAACUGGUUGGAAUGCAGGCCAUGGAAGUUUUCAGUGUUAGGACCCAGCAAAAGGUUUUCGGACUGUUUGACUUGAAAAUGUGCUCUAAAAGAAACAAAUAAUAGUCUCUUUUGGGGCCAACUCGGGUGGCUCAGUAGAGGCGUAAAAUCCACCAAUAUGCAAACGCUGCAAUAAUCCACUGCCACCAUCUGGAAGUGUUUUACACCUUUUAGAUUGGCCUGGAAUGUGUGGGCUCUGCUCUUUUCAAUGUGUCAAACUAAUAACAAUUUCUCCCUCAAAAUGCUCACUUUCUCUGCAUUUGAGCUAUGCUUGAGGAAAAUGGUUUGAUUUUAAAAACAUGGACUUUUUGCAGCAAAUCGGGGAAUGUUGAGAAACACCAGGUCCUGAGAGAUCUGCACCAGAUGUGUUGAUUCACUUGGAUAUUUUUUUUCCAUGUCUUGGAGUGACUGCCAGUUAGUUCUACUGGUGUUUAAAAAUAACACCAUAAAAAACGUCCUGAAAUCAGUGACCUGAAAAUUCAAAUGUCAAUAAAUAUUUAAGUGGGCUAUUUUUGGUCACACAGUAUUUACUUUUGGCCUGGUAACUUGCAGUUACAGUAACUUGCAGUUCGAUCAACAUCAGGGAGGAAGCAUUGUAGCAUUACAUCAUUACAGAUGUAUUAUUCACUAUACCACAACUUCAAUUUGAUAAUUCUUAAUAGAGCUGUGGACAGUUCAAACUAUACCCUCUGACAGUGUUAUACUGCUCAACCCAAAUCAUUCAACAACUGCAUUUAACAGAUAGUAUCUGACAAAAAUACCACUGACAAAAGAUGAAUAUCUCAUUUGAAAUGGCAAGUUUCAAUUCUGUUGAAAGAUCACAAAUGCAUUGCUCAUCAGUAAUGAUUGUGUCAUGUUACACCAAUCUGAUAACAACAUUCCAUGCAUACUGCAUGUACAUGUGAGAGUUUAGUUCUGUGCCUUUGUUGUAAACCCCUUUACUAAUGUGUUCUCCUGCUGUUCCUGUUGAAGGAAACUGAAGCUGGAGAAGGAGUUGGCUGGAAUGCUGUGGAGGAUAAAGUGGGAGGACCUGCAGUUUGAGAGCCCCAACAAAUACCCCAAAAAGGCAGGCAGCCGUCUCACCCUCUCACAGGUACAUUUGUCUCUGAAAUAUCCUGUCAAGACUCAAGAGUUCGAACCAAUUAAUGAUCCGUAGUAUGUUGUGUAUUAGUAAUUCAGAGCGAUCUCAUAUUAUGACGUUGGCGAAAAGAUUUCCUCACAAUUUGAUCUUAAUAUUGUUUUAAAUGUGUCAGUAGUCCUGGCACUGCAGUGCGUCGGAGAUUAAGACGUUGUUUCUCUGGCAGAUUAGAAUUCCAUUUUAGCCAGUGAAAGGAAAGGCUCAACAGAUGCAGUUUAUCUUGCUAAAACCUCUACAGACCUACAGUAUCACUGCUACCUCUCAUAUGCAACAGAGGAAUAGAUAUCUGUCUCUGCGGUACUAUUAUUGACGUCAUUGUUGUUUAAUAGCAAACAAAAUGUGCAAUAACAACACUGGCAUUGACAUGUAUCUAUUGAGUAGUUACAUGUUGGUGUCUGUACAUACAGUAUAUUUUUUACAUUGAGAGAGAAAAAGAAAAAGGCAGAGAACGAGCGAAAGACGGACCAAAUCCUUUGUUAGUUUACACAUUCUUGAAAGUCUUCCCAGUGGUUUAUUGAAGGUGGCUGGGUUUGCGGUGGCAGACUCAUAUUAAAUGAUUGUUAAAAUAACCCCACGUCUGGCCCAUAUAUAUACACUUCAUCACGUCCUCCAAGUAUCAGGUUCUGGUCCUGCUUGUCUGAGGACUGAUGCUUUUCCUAUGCAUUGCAUUUCAGUAAACACACGCAUACAGUCAUGUCCAAAAUUAUUGGCACCCUUGAUAAAGAUGAGCAGAAAAAACUGUAUAAGAUAAAUAAUACAAAUACUGAGCUAUACUGUAUGCUAAAAAACAUUGACAAUUAUUUUAUAUUAAAACAGUUGCUCAGAGAAAGAGAUUUUGUUGAACAAAGUAAUAGUUUGUUAAACAAAAUUAUUGGCACCCCUGUUCUCAUGUCAUCUGACCGUUUGAUAAACGGCAUUGGCACUUGGAUUGGAACCGGUGCUUUGGUCAGAUGACAUGAAAAUAAAGCUCUUUGGCCACGCACACAAGUGGUGGGUUUGGUGUUGAAAAACAGAAGCAUAUGCAGAAAAAUAUGGUGGUGGAUCUUUGAUGUUUUUGCUUUCACUGGUCCUGGGGCCCUUGUUAAGGUUAACAAUAUCAUGGAUUUUACCAAGUACCAGGACAUUUUAGCCGAAAACCUGGUUGCCUUCGCCAGGAGGCUGACACUUGGCUGCAGGUGGAUCUUCCAGCAAGACAAUAACCCCAAGCACCAAUCAAAAUCCACAAAGAAAUGGUUAAUUGACCACAAAAUAAAUGUUUUGCAAUGGCUAUCUGUCUCCAGACUUGAACCCCAUUGAAAACCUGUGGUUUGAAUUGAAGAGGGCAGUCCAUAAGAGCAGACAAAGGAUAUUAAUGAUCUGGAAAGAUUCUGAAUGGAGGAAUGGUCUAAGAUCCCUCCCAGUGUGUUCUCCAAUCUCAUAAAAGUUUUUAGAAAAAGGCUCAGUGCCAUUAUCCACGUAAGGGGUGGGUGAGAGUGUUGGAAAGAGGGGUGCUACUAAUUUUGACCCCUAUCUUUUGUAUUAUUAUUUUUUAAAGAUUUUUUGUAUUACUUGUUAAACAAAAUCACUUUCUCUGAGCAAUUGUAUUAGUAUAAAAUAAUAUCAUUUCUUAUUGUUUUGGCAUACAAUAUAGCUCAGGUAUUUAUUUUAUACAAUCUUUUUUGCUCAUCUUUAUCAAGGGUGCCAAUAAUUAUGAACCUGACUGUAUAUGCACACACACUUACAGUACACAUGUGCAGGCAUUCAUGCACGCACAUGCACACACUUUCUUCAUUAGACGUUUUCAGUCCAGUUCCUGGGAUAAAACUGUGGAAAACAUAUUGAUUUUCAAAACCGAUUUAUUUUCCAGUAUGCCAUGUGUUGCCAAUAUUUGCGUUAUCUACAGUUGUGUAGUGCAUGCUGGACACAUACAGUGAGGGAAAAAAGUAUUUGAUCCCCUGCUGAUUUUGUAUGUUUGCCCACUGACAAAGACAUGAUCAGUCUAUAAUUUUAAUGGUAGGUUUAUUUGAACAGUGAAAGACAGAAUAACAACAAAAAAAUCCAGAAAAACGCAUUGUCAAAAAUGUUAUAAAUUGAUUUGCAUUUUAAUGAGGGAAAUAAGUAUUUGACCCCCUCUCAAUCAGAAAGAUUUCUGGCUCCCAGGUGUCUUUUAUACAGGUAACGAGCUGAGAUUAGGAGCACACUCUUAAAGGGAGUGCUCUUAAUCUCAGCUUGUUACCUGUAUAAAAGACACCUGUCCAGAGAGGCAAUCAAUCAAUCAGAUUCCAAACUCUCCACCAUGGCCAAGACCAAAGAGCUCUCCAAGGGAGUCAGGGACAAGAUUGUAGACCUACACAAGGCUGGAAUGGGCUACAAGACCAUCGCCAAGCAGCUUGGUGAGAAGGUGACAACAGUUGGUGCGAUAUUUCGCAAAUGGAAGAAACACAAAAGAACUGUCAAUCUCUCUCGGCCUGGGGCUCCAUGCAAGAUCUCACCUCGUGGAGUUGCAAUGAUCAUGAGAACGGUAAGGAAUCAGCCCAGAACUACACGGGAGGAUCUUGUCAAUGAUCUCAAGGCAGCUGGGACCAUAGUCACCAAGAAAACAAUUGGUAACACACUACGCCGUGAAGGACUGAAAUCCUGCAGCGCCCGCAAGGUCCCCCUGCUCAAGAAAACACAUAUACAGGGCCCUUCUGAAGUUUGCCAAUGAACAUCUGAAUGAUUCAGAGGAGAACUGGGUGAAAGUGUUGUGGUCAGAUGAGACCAAAAUCGAGCUCUUUGGCAUCAACUCAACUCGCCGAGUUUGGUGGAGGAGGAAUGCUGCCUAUGACACCAAGAACACCAUCCCCACCGUCAAACAUAGAGGUGGAAAAUGUAUGCUUUAGGGGUGUUUUUCUGCUAAGGGGACAAGACAACUUCACCGCAUCAAAGGGACGAUGGAUGGGGCCAUGUACCGUCAAAUCUUGGGUGAGAACCUCCUUCCCUCAGCCAGGGCAUUGAAAAUGGGUCGUGGAUGGUAUUCCAGCAUGACAAUGACCAAAAACACACGGCCAAGGCAACAAAGGAGUGGCUCAAGAAGAAGCACAUUAAGGUCCUGGAGUGGCCUAGCCAGUCUCCAGAUCAUAAUCCCAUAGAAAAUCUGUGGAGGGAGCUGAAGGUUCGAGUUGCCAAACGUCAGCCUCGAAACCUUAAUGACUUGGAGAAGAUCUGCAAAGAGGAGUGGAACAAAAUCCCUCCUGAGAUGUGUGCAAACCUGGUGGCCAACUACAAGAAACGUCUGACCUCUGUGAUUGCCAACAAGGGUUUUGCCACCAAGUACUAAGUCAUGUUUUGCAGAGGGGUCAAAUACUUAUUUCCCUCAUUAAAAUGCAAAUCAAUUGAUAACAUUUUUGACAUGCGUUUUUCUGGAUUAUUUUUGUUGUUAUUCUGUCUCGCACUGUUCAAAUAAACCUACCAUUAAAAUUAUAGACUGAUCAUGUCUUUGUCAGUGGGCAAACGUACAAAAUCAGCAGGGGAUGAAAUACUUUUUUCCCUCACUGUAUAUUACCCUCACCCCCUUUUCAUUCACUCUGUGCACGCUCGCUCCAACACGUACAUCUCCCCAGAAUUCUGUUUUGCAUAUGAAAACAUGACAAUUCUUCAUUUACCUGGCAAAUAACACUGAGCCUUUUUCUAAAAUGUUUUAUGAGAUUGGAGAAUAUUAAUAAAAUGUUAAAGCUAUGAAAAGAACUCAACUGAUUUGUAUAAGUGAACAUUGUAUAGUUACAUUGUAUAUUUGUACAUGUAAUAAUAACCAAACUGAAAUGAAUUGUAGUGUACCUGAACAUUUCUCUGACUGUAUCUUAUCUGACAAAGGAUACUUGUUACUCCUUCCAGAGAGGUUCCAGCUAUGGCUCCUUGAUAACUGCCCAUGGAAAAUAUCAGCUGUUUGCUAAAACAGGCUAUUUUAAGGUAAGGCUGUCUGAGUUCUGACAUUUUCAACUCCUGCUCACUCCUUUACACCCACACAUGUGCAUGCUCACAGAGGAGAUGGAUAGGAGAGUGGGCGAGCUCCGCAGAGCUCAGCUCAGAUGGCUGGUUUUAAUGUGAUACACAGAGUGUGAUUCACAUCCCACCUCACAGUUUGGACACCGCUAGCAACUUGUUGUUGUUGUUAAUGUCUCUGUUUAACGAGUCUAUUGAGAGGGUGGAAGAAUAUAAUAUAAAUGUCAGGCUUUGAAUGUUGAUACGUGGUUGUUGGCUACAUGUAACACUUUAGUUUUUUUUCUAUUCACACCUAUAGGAUUAUAUCCCUACUAUAGAGUAUCCAAAGUUGUUUAUUUUUCUCAGUUUUUCUAGUUAUAAUUCACACUUUGGAUUUGAUGGUACCUUCUCUGUAGAUUGACUUUACUUUUACAUAUCAAAGUGACAGAUGUAUCUCUCCAUCUCAGUAGCAUGGAAUAGAUGUUAAAUAUACUUGGCACACAUACCAUACACUAUUAUAUCGACACUAUAGUCCACCUAUUGUCCCUUGUGUUUUCCCCUGAAUAAGACUUGAAUAUGUCAAUAUGUUUCUAUUACCAUUUAUAUUUGUCCUUUUCAUUCUUCCCAAUGAAUGGAUGCCUUUCCAUCACACAGAUCCCAUAGAUGGUCACAUUUAGGUCUCUCCUAUUGCAUUGUCACAGUCAUAGAAAGAUAAUACUAUAGGCCAGGGUUUCCCAAACUCGGUCCUGGGGCCUCGCAGGGGUGCACAUUUAGUUUUUGUCCUAGCACUACACAGCUGAUUCAAAUAAUCAAAGCUUGAUGAUGAGUUGAUUAUUUGAAUCAGCAGUGUAGUGUUAGGGAAAGAACCAAAACAUGCACCCAGGGAGGUGCCCCAGGACCGAGUUCGGGAAUCCCUGCUAAAGAACGUAUCUCUAUAGUCACAGUACACUACACAGUAGUCUGUUGCUCAACCUGCAGUAGAAGGUUUUUCAUCUCCAUCUCUUUAUCUCGCUAUCUCUAUCUCUCUAUCUCGCUAUCUCUAUCUUGCUAUCUCGCUAUCUCUAUCUCUUUAUCUCGCUAUCUCUAUCUCUUUGACACAGGGCAACCUGGUGGCCAUCAAAUAUGUGAACAAGAAGAGGAUAGAGCUGACCAGACAAGUGCUGUUUGAGCUCAAACAUGUAAGUCCAGAUCAGUACCCAAUGAUUUACUGUGUAUGUGUGCUGUUAUUACUUAAGUCUGGUGGGUUGUUUAAAUCCUUACUGCCUCACUGCAGAGGGGUAUCCAUUCCUGAAGUGUUUAAGAAUAGUCCAGCUAGUGGGCUUUUCCCUCUUAUACUUCAUUUAGUGUUAUUGGCUCCUAUAGAGAGUCCACUCACCUGAUUUCCCCAGGUUUAAACCAGUCACUGAUGAAAAGGGUCUGAACUAGUAAACUCUGACCCUCCAGGACUAGAGUUCAAUGUCCCUUUACCAGGGCCCUGCCUCAUGUGUUGUUGUAGGCGAGCAUGCCUCUGUUUAUGACCCCUCUGCAGCAGCAGUAGUAGAAUGAGUCUCUCCCACUGAGGUGGUAAAGCCACUGUGGGCCUUGGGGGGUGUGUACUGAAUCAUUACCAGGUUGUUCAAAGGAGGGCCUCUUUCACUUCGCUACAGGAGAUUUCUUAUUACUGAACCUGUGCUGCUGCUGUUAAAGACUCAGAUCCUCAAACGUCCUCCAACAUCAGCUGCAACAGCUGUGGAUGAAGAAAAUUGUCUCCGUUUUGGGAAUUACAUUUAAUGAGACAGUGACAGAGAAAAGUGAAAAAACAAGAAAACGUCUGACUUGAAACACGAUGUGGGAAAGACAAAACAUUGCUGAAACAUUACUUUGAAGCUAAUGAAAAGCCAGACAGUCAGUCGGUGCUAUUAUCGGAUAUCUGGGUCUGUAUUAAUUUAGUUAUCAUCCGUGCGGUGGAUAAGGCUCUGAGCAGCCUAGCCCCCCCCCCCUCCUCUCGCUCUGAACUGUGGCCCAGUGGAUGUGAGUUGUGCAGGCCCUGGAUGCCUCUACUCAGCGGUGGCGGGUGGGCGGCGCACACAGGAGAGACACCAGUCUGAGCUGGCAGCUCAUCAGAUGCCCCUGGGGCCUGAUCGGCUGUCAGUUCCCUGCUCAUGAAAGAGCCAACCAGAUGAGGGAGCGAGGGGCCUGCCAAUGGAAACUUAACCGCUUGUCUUCCAGAGCCUCUCCUUCCCCUCUUCUCUCCUCUCCUCCCUUAGCUAGCGUUCCGCAGGGGAAAUUAUAUAGGCCAAAGGGUAUGCUAACUUCUCCUGAGCCGUGAAACAGGAGCAACUGACUCCCUGGUUUUGGUGUUACAGCAGCUGUCACUCACCUCUGUUAGUGAAUCGGCCCCAAAUCAAAACACACUGUACAGGUUAUUCUCACUGUUUUUAGAAGUUUCACACUGCUCAGAGAUAUUAUGUACAUCCUCCCUGCCAGGGCAUGGAUGUAUUGAAACGGAGAGGAUGUGUGGACUGGAUUCACUCUGUUGUUUAUACAUACACAUCAUAUGGAACAUUUAAAUACAGAGCAUGCAAUGCUUUCCUAUGUGACAAGCCUAAACAUAAUUUAGAGGAUUUUGUUUUGUACUUUUUUAUUUGACAUGAUUCAUUUUUGGACGAGAUCCCAAGUUGUAAGAAGAGGACAUGGAAUUAAUGAUAAUUUUCCAUGUAGUGCCUUUUACACAUUUGCCUGCUAUGCACUCAUAUUAUAGCCAAUACAUCCUUUCAACACCUCUGCAUUUUUUCACAUGCUGUAAGUUCCCACAACACUGCCUCAUUCAUAACCUCCCGGCCCAAUUUAUUCACAUGCACGUGUCAACUGGAUGGCCUAUGAGGGAAUGCUAUACUUAACACGUAGAAAAGACACUGUGCCAAAACCUGCUCGCUGUAAAUGUACUAUUCUGAUGAGGUGCUUUUUUUGUUGCUUUUCUAGAAAGGAAAAUACCAGUUUUAGCAUCUAUUGCCAUUUAAUCUUGAGAGAGAGAAUGAUAUACUGAUUGAAAUUCUAUGUGUUUGUUUACAGAUGAGAGAUGUGCAAUUCAAUCAUUUAACCAGAUUCAUUGGUGCCUGCAUUGACCCUCCCAACAUCUGCAUCGUGACUGAAUAUUGUCCCAGAGGUAGUCUUCAGGUAAGACCUCACAAUCAUUCCAUUUAAUGGAAUUUCAAUUGUAUUUGCAUGUUUUGUCAAGUAUAAUCACUUGGACCGAUAUAAUAUUGAAAUGACCAUUUGGUGUGGUCUUGCUAAUGUAUUAUUCAUUCAUACUCUUUCUGUAUAAAUGUAUGGUUUAAGAUGCCCUGAGAGACAUUUGGAAAUGUACUCUUGGCUUUCAAGUUUAGUUUGAAAUGCCAGCCUGAUGCACUGCUACCCUGCCAAAAUGGAAGAAUGUGAAGUUAUGGGAAACUUUUAAUAAUGGAGCUUAUCAUGUGAAAACACUUCAGACUGACUGUUACUGUAAAACUGUGUUACAUUAUGUGAUGUAGGGAGAUUUCAGAUUAAUUAGAGCGAUGUCAGCGAGAUGUCAGGAUUAGAGAUGUCAGCUGAAAAUUGUACUUCUACUUUCAGGACAUUUUGGAGAAUGAGAGCAUCAAUCUGGACUGGAUGUUCCGCUAUUCACUCAUCAACGACAUAGUCAAGGUAUGUGUCCUGUUUGACAGCAGCCAACACAUGUACUAUGAUUGUAACUGCAGUUGGGUCGUUUUGAGGUCACAUUGGUACCUUAUUAGUGAGAGAAGGUAUUGGUGUAGCACAUGGGAAUGUGUGAAACGUACUUCUCAGGCUGAAGUGUCCCCACUUGCGCCAGCGAAUAGCUAGCUUUUUUAAAAAGUCAAGGGGUCUGAAUAAUUUCUGAAGGCACUGUACAUAACUGUAGACUGAAAUAUAACAAAACCGUUCGACAUAGAAACACCAGAUUUUGGGCAGCUUUUUAAAAAUAAUGUUGAGUAAUUAUGAAAUUAUUAAAACAUGUAAUAACAUUCCACACAUGAGGCCACUAGGUUGUUUGACUGCAGGAAAGGGGUAGCCCUUUAACCUAACUCUAACACCUAACUCUUACCCCUAACCUUGCUGACGUUACCCACCUAGCUAACGUUAGCGUUAGCUACCUAGCCACCUACCUAAUAUUAGCCACAACAAAUUGGAAUACGUAACAUAUUAUACGUAUUGCAAAUUCGUAACAUAUUAUAUGAAUUGCAAUUUGUAACAUAUCAUACAAAUUGUAAUUCGGAACAUCAUACGAAAUGGAUGAUGGACAUCCACAAAUUAAUACAUAACAUACGAAAUGUAAAAUUUCAUACUAAAUGGAGGGAGACAGAUUUACAUUUACUGUGUUACAUCUACCCCUGAGUCCAGGUUGAAAACUUGGAAAGCAACAUAAUCACAAUCUCACUGCAAAAUUCCUUCCGCUUAAUCAAAUGUAAUCAUCCAUGUAUUUUCACUACUUAUUUUUAGCCUGCUCUAACAAAGGGGCUUUUUGUUCAAGAUCACUAUCUUGGAGAAAUACUAUAUUGAGGUGAAGUACAUGGAUCAUGGAGUACCUCAACCAAAUUUCUGUUAAAAUAACAGUCUGUUAAGCUGUCAACAACAGGGACCUUCUAACAAGCAAAAGGCCCUAUAAGCCACAUUCUGAUACAUAUGCUCCAACAAAUAUUAGACGUAUACAUGACAGUGCAGUAUGUUUUUGAGUCCCCGUAGGAAUUUGAUUUCCAAUGUGAAAUGUACAACUACUUGAAACACUUGACCCCAUACAGAAUUUUCAUCACAUUUCCAUUUCGAUCAAACUCAAAACACAUUAUUUCCACAUGAUCAGAUUUGUAUGUUUUCAUGUAUGCUAUAUUUUUUUGAACGGUCAAUUUCAUGCUUGUUCUACCAGGGAAUGAACUAUCUGCACAACAGCUACAUCGGCUCCCAUGGAAAUCUGAAGUCAUCUAAUUGUGUGGUGGACAGUCGAUUUGUGUUGAAAAUUACGGAUUACGGCCUGGCCAGUUUCCGUUCAUCAUGUGAAAAUGACGACUCGCACGCACUCUAUGCAAGUAGGUCAACAUUGUCAGAGGAGGUAAUCACUUUGCCUCCUCACCAAUGGAAGAAAACUAAAUGGAGGAUUGGAUAAAGGAGAAGAUGCUCAGUGGUUAAUGUGAGUUUGUUGUGUUUCUAGAGAAGCUGUGGACAGCUCCAGAGUUGUUGAUCUACGACAGACAUCCUCCACAGGGCACCCAGAAAGGAGACGUGUACAGCUUUGGCAUCAUACUCCAGGAGAUAGCCCUGAGGAAUGGACCCUUCUAUGUGGACGGCAUGGAUCUGAGCCCUAAAGGUAAAACGAAUUAUGCUAAUAAACGCAGGUUGGCAUUUAUUGAAAUGACUUAUGUACUGGAGGCAGCUCUGCAGGGUAGUCACUUGCUGGCACUGCCACAAAGUAAUAAAAUCCGAUUUUAAACCUAACCUUAACCACACUGCUAAUCCUAGUGCCUUACCCUAACCUUAAAUUAAGGCCAAAAAGUAACAUUUUCAUCCCAUUUCCUCCUUCAUGCGUGUUCCCUAAUCGAUAAAGAAAAUCAUGGAGCAGAAGUCUGCAUCUUCAUGGUUGGACAACUCCAGUCCUCGGCUCAAGGGCUGCAGUAUUGCUGGUUUCAGUUCUCGCUGGGACUUCACUGAUCGAUCAAUUUCCCAGAGAAUGCAGUGCUGCACACACUAACACUAACACUCCCCCUAUCUUGACUAUUACAGAGAUAGUGCAGAAGGUGCGUAAUGGCCAGAGGCCUUACUUCCGGCCCACCACAGACAACAGCUGCCACUGUGAGGAGCUGACCAUCCUGAUGGACAGCUGCUGGGCCGAGGACCCUGUCGAGCGGCCCGACUUUAGCCACAUCAAGAUCUACAUCACCAAACUCAACAAGUGAGCACUGAGCACCACCAUGCCCCAAAAUGGCUGCCUAGCUCCUCUUGUAUCAGACACCAUGUAGAUCAUAUUUUCUUUGGAUGUAUUUUAUCAAGAUGUUUGAAAAGGAGAAUGGAGGAAAUAAUUUAAAUAAGUUGAAAUUAUCAAGAGAUGCUGGAAAAGGAUUAGUAUUAAUACAAAUAAGAUUAAAGAAAAUGGUGCUGCUUAUCACACACAAAUCAUUUCAGAUCAGAGAGAUAGGAAGUCUUCACCCUCCAAGUGUGGAGUUUAUAUUUAUCUUGUUGUUCUUCAUGGCUUACCCUAUGCAUUAUUCAGAUGCAUAUUUUGGUUUGUGUGUGUGUGUGCGCGCGUUCCCUUGGGCUGGGCAGACCUGUCACAGAAGGAGAAAUAUGUGAUCUACCUGCUGAUCAAAAGCCGGAAAACCUUGAAGAUGUAGAGUUGAGUGACCUCUGUGACCAAGAAAACCAAGUACUUUAUGAGCUGUGGGAGGAAAUCAGACCGUGGUGUUUGUUUUGUCGCUGGAUCAAGCUUUCAGGGCCAUACUCCUUUUUCCUACAACACACCCCCAUAAUCAGAUGUGUCCCUUUGCUGCAGAACUGUUUUGAUCUUAUUCAACGCUUCUGUAUUUCUUACAAGUACAAAGGCUGUUUUUGUGUUGGCUAGGUAGACAGACAUACUCCUUUUGAAUUCUGACAUUUGUGGCAGGGAGAUCACAGCACAGGUUGUGGUUCAUUGUAUUGACUGGCGGCUUGGCCGAGUGGCUUAAAUCAGGGCUCUGGGUCUGUCUGUCUGUCACGUUAGCAUAUAGCCACCGGCAACGCUAGCCUCCGUGAUAUACUUCUGGCCAUUUCCACUGGUCUGAGGUAAGAGGGACAUGAUUGAUACCUCUCAGAAGCACUUAUUUUCAUUACGUAAAUAUGUUAUUGACAUGUAGUGACGGAUGGCGUGUUAUUUUUGGUGUGAAGCCCUGGCUGAAGGACACAAGAACAAACAGGGUCUUUAGUAGUCAGUGGCGUAAACGAUCACUUUGGCUCACACUUUGUGUAUUACAAACGGCCGAAUUGACUUCUCUGUAAGUGACCUUGCUGAAUUUGUAUGAUUACUAUUCGGCUGGGUAAAGAAUGUGAAAUCUCUCUUCUCCUUUGGAUCCUAUCUCCUCAGUCCUCAAUGACAAUCCUUAUGAUGCAGUGUACUUUAAGUUAUUGAGCUGUGUAUCCUUCACAUGAUUACCCCUGAUGCACUGCUAUUCAUCAGAGUCUGUAUUUCAUGUCUUGCUUUAUCGUCAUGUUCCUCUACAUGUGGGUGUAUGAUCUAUGACCCAUUGUGGGAAAGAUUCCAAACACUGAGUGUACAGUACUGUACAGCUAUAGCCCUGGAUGACUCAACCACUGUGCUGUAUAGGCAAAUAGUCUGAAAAGUAUGGCCAUGAAGUCACUUCUGAAAUACGCAUUGAAUAGACCAUAUUAGGUGAUGUUAACGGAAUAGAAAGUACAGAAAGUUUAGAUAUUUUUAAUUUAGAAUGGCAACAAAUGAAUGGGUAUGUCAUAUUUCUGUCUGUUUGUGUCACAGGGAGGGAAGUACCAGUAUUCUGAACAACCUGCUGUCCAGAAUGGAGCAGUAUGCCAACAACCUGGAGAACUUGGUAGAGGAACGAACGCAAGCCUACCUGGAGGAGAAAAGAAAAGCCGAAAAUCUACUUUACCAGAUCUUGCCACAGUAAGAAUAUAAUUAUUUGGAUUUUCCUCUUGCACUAUUAUGUUUAUAAGUCUGAACUUCUGAAUAUCAAACAGAGAAAAUUAUGAGACUAUUUUCUGUAUUGUACCGUGCCACCUAUUCAUUGUUUAAAUUCCACAGCAUGAAAGAGCGUCUCAGCUUUCUAUUCUAUCUCACACUUUACAAAAAUAUACACAUUCACAGUUACAUAAGCAGAGAGGAAAUGAAAGGGCAAGGCAAGAUGGGAGCUGACAAGCUAACUUCUCAUUAACCGGAACUAGGAGGAGAAAUGUGAUAGGGGGUUAAGCACCUCUGAUAACACGAAAGCAGCAAAUGACAAGCCAUGUCCUCAGUCUAUUUCAGUGGUGUAGUCACACUCAUUUAUCAUCCCAUUGUCUGCCCAAAUGUCUCACCCGAACUUUAAGCCAUUUUGACAGACAGAAAAGGGCCUGAGAGAACGGAGCGAUACCUUCUCUCACUGCAGAAUUCAUCUUAUUUGACCAGAGUCCUGGAUUAACCUAGCUGUUAGUGCUAAACUGUGCCUCUGGCUCUUUAAUGUAAUUACUGUACUUUAAAAUAUGAAUGAAAAGGGAGUUAUACUGUUAUAAUCUGCUUAUACUGUAACUUCCCUUACUCAUUGUGGGCCGUAGCUGCCAAGCUUACUGUCUGUUGAUUCAUAGCAACGAUAACCUUAUCUCUUAAGGACUGUAUUAGCAUUUCGUUCUGUAUGGUUUUACUAAGUUUGUGUUCUCUUAUCCACAGCUCAGUAGCAGAGCAGCUAAAGCGAGGGGAGACGGUCCAAGCGGAGGCGUUUGACAGUGUGACAAUCUACUUCAGUGACAUUGUCGGCUUCACGUCAAUGUCAGCUGAGAGUACACCACUGCAGGUAAACAACUGUCAGUAGAGAUAUCCACGUCUAACCAACAUCGGGUACAUACCUUACACAGUGGGAUUCAAACUUUCUUACCGGGGCCCACAUUUUUUUCUCAAUAUUUUAUUGUGACCCCACCCCAAAUAUAAUGACUCAAACUUAAAAUUGGUAGAUUUAGAUUUUUACAUCAACAAAUAACCUUUAAUUCAUUGCAUUUUCAUCUCUCUUAUCCAAAUUUAAGAGAACCAAUAAAUACAUUUGACUAAUUUUUCUAAAUAUCUUUCUCAAAAAAGUUUGUAUAUAAUCUGUCCUUUUUAAAAUGUAUUUGUGUAUAUAUAUAUAUAUAUACAGUGAGGGAAAAAAGUAUUUGAUCCCCUGCUGAUUUUGUACGUUUGCCCACUGACAAAGACAUGAUCAGUCUAUAAUUUUAAUGGUAGGUUUAUUUGAACAGUGAGAGACAGAAUAACAACAACAAAAAUCCAGAAAAACGCAUGUCAAAAAUGUUAUAAAUUGAUUUGCAUUUUAAUGAGGGAAAUAAGUAUUUGACCCCUCUGCAAAACAUGACUUAGUACUUGGUGGCAAAACACUUGUUGGCAAUCACAGAGGUCAGACGUUUCUUGUAGUUGGCCACCAGGUUUGCACACAUCUCAGGAGGGAUUUUGUCCCACUCCUCUUUGCAGAUCUUCUCCAAGUCAUUAAGGUUUCGAGCCUGACGUUUGGCAACUCGAACCUUCAGCUCCCUCCACAGAUUUUCUAUGGGAUUAAGGUCUGGAGACUGACUAGGCCACUCCAGGACCUUAAUGUGCUUCUUCUUGAGCCACUCCUUUGUUGCCUUGGCCGUGUGUUUUGGGUCAUUGUCAUGCUGGAAUACCCAUCCACGACCCAUUUUCAAUGCCCUGGCUGAGGGAAAUCACCCAAGAUUUGAUGGUACAUGGCCCUGUCCAUCGUCCCUUUGAUGCGGUGAAGUUGUCCUGUCCCCUUAGCAGAAAAACACCCCCAAAGCAUAAUGUUUCCACCUCUAUGUUUGACGGUGGGGAUGGUGUUCUUGGGGUCAUAGGCAGCAUUCCUCCUCCUCCAAACACGGCGAGUUGAGUUGAUGCCAAAGAGCUACAUUUUGGUCUCAUCUGACCACAACACUUUAACCCAGUUCUCCUCUGAAUCAUUCAGAUGUUCAUUGGCAAACUUCAGAAGGGCCUGUAUAUGUGCUUUCUUGAGCAGGGGGACCUUGCGGGCGCUGCAGGAUUUCAGUCCUUCACGGCGUAGUGUGUUACCAAUCGUUUUCUUGGUGACUAUGGUCCCAGCUGCCUUGAGAUCAUUGACAAGAUCCUCCCGUGUAGUUCUGGGCUGAUUCCUCACCGUUCUCAUUAUCAUUGCAACGAGGUGAGAUCUUGCAUGGAGACCCAGGCCGAGGGAGAUUGACAGUUCUUUUGUGUUUCUUCCAUUUGCGAAUAAUCGCACCAACUGUUGUCACCUUCUCACCAAGCUGCUUGGCGAUGGUCUUGUAGCCCAUUCCAGCCUUGUGUAGGUCUACAAUCUUGUCCCUGACAUCCUUGGAGAGCUCUUUGGUCUUGGCCAUGGUGGAGAGUUUGGAAUCUGAUUGAUUGAUUGCUUCUGUGGACAGGUGUCUUUUAUACAGGUAACAAGCUGAGAUUAGGAGCACUCCCUUUAAGAGUGUGCUCCUAAUCUCAGCUCGUUACCUGUAUAAAAGACACCUGGGAGCCAGAAAUCUUUCUGAUUGAGAGGGGGUCAAAUACUUAUUUCCCUCAUUAAAAUGCAAAUCAAUUUAUAACAUUUUUGACAUGCGUUUUUCUGGAUUUUUUUUUUGUUAUUCUGUCUCUCACUGUUCAAAUAAACCUACCAUUAAAAUUGUAGACUGAUCAUUUCUUUGUCAGUGGGCAAACGUACAAAAUCAGCAGGGAAUCAAAUACUUUUUUCCCUCACUGUAUAUGUAUUACUUUUUUUUAUGUGGUGACCCCGACUUUGAAUACUGUAUGUAUUACCAGUUAGUUUUGCUAAGUAAAAUGCACUCAAGAUUUAUUGAGUCAAAGUAUUAAUUUACCGUGGGAAAUUACAGACUUCUAGGUACUAGCAGUUAAGAAUGUUGGGCCAGAAACCGAAAGGUCGCUGGUUCUAAUCCCGAGCCGACUAGGUGAAAAAAUAAGGUUGAUGUGCCCUUGAGCAAGGCAUUUAAUCCUAACUGCUCCUGUAAGUCGCUCUCGAUAAAAGUGUCUGCUAAAUGACUAAAAUGUCAACUCUCCCCCAAGACACUCAGAGGUAGCUGACAUGAAAGCUUGAAAAUAUGCUGAUCCAACAGCUCAUUAUAGGAAAAUAAGAGAAUGUGAAGAGGAGCUUCUUUGUCACUUACGUAACCUUACAGAGCCUAUUAGAGCUCCUACCGUAUGUCUCAUAGUUAUAAAGCAUUUCCACACUGAGACCACAACUCAAAAUAGUACUAUUGUGAGAGCUGAGAGCGUAUUGACGCAUAGUUGAGUCACUGGGUGCUGUAGCUGCUAUGGCAUUUCUUUCUCAGAUUAAGAAGAUUUCAAGACCACUCAUAUCGUUGAGACUCCCUUCAACAGGGUCUAAAAUUACUGUAUGAUGAAAGGCCAAUGGGAUGGUUAUAAUGGUCUCAAGGGUUUUAAGUGCAGUGUCCCAACAUGUUAUUUUCUCCAAACAUUUUGGUCAUUCAGAACUCUGAAAUUCAUCCAGAGGAACCAGGUUUUCUUCUUAAUGCAACUUGUGCCAGGAAUUCAGACAAAGUGUUACUGGAGUGUUUCUUCUAAAGUUGUGAAGAUACUUUACAGCAGCGAUUCUCAACUGGUGGGUCACGGGUGUCAGAGUAAAAAAAAGUCAUAAAAUAAAAAUGUACAUGAAAAAAUACUCCAGUCUGAACUUAAGCGACUUAAAUCAGGUAGAAAGUGUGUAAAAAUGAAGUUACAGUUUUUUAUAAUUUAAUAAAAAUAAAAAUACAUCUUCAAUCACAGUAUUAUUAAUAUAGAGCUGUUUGGUUGAUUUUGUGGUCUCAAGCUAGUGAAGUUAUUAACGAAUAUGGGCAAAAUUGUAUUAUUGACAAUGAAAGAGGUGGGAAUGUUGUUCCCUUGUCAUGUAAUUGCUACAUUUACUAUCACUAUAGCAUAAAAAAUAGUUGUCCAGAUUGUAUUUUGGCGAUUAUUUUUCGCAAUGCGAAUAUUGUGUCGUGACUGAGACAACCUGGUUCAAUUUGGGUUCUGAGGCAAAACCAAUUGAGAACCACUGCUUUUCACCCAGACUGAUGUAUUCUAUUCAUCCAGCAGAAGCUACUUACAAGUACAAUGCAAUGUAUUAUGUGUAAUAUAUUGAAUGUCAGUUAUAUUCUACGCACUUGAUUUUCAGGUCACAGAUCUAUUCAAUUAAGACUACAGAACAGAGAGUAUUAUUUCACAUUAGUUUGGUUUUGAGGUCUAGGUAUCUCACCUACCAGUUAGUGUUCUAUUUAAUUAGCAUAUAUAAUUAAAUAUAUCAAUUUCCCCAUACAGUGGGGAAAAAAGUAUUUAGUCAGCCACCAAUUGUGCAAGUUCUCCCACUUAAAAAGAUGAGAGAGGCCUGUAAUUUUCAUCAUAGGUACACGUCAACUAUGACAGACAAAAUGAGGAAAAAAAAUCCAGAAAAUCACAUUGUAGGAUUUUUAAUGAAUUGAUUUGCAAAUGAUGGUGGAAAAUAAGUAUUGGUCAAUAACAAAAGUUUCUCAAUACUUUGUUGUAUACCCUUUGUUGGCAAUGACACAGGUGAAACGUUUUCUGUAAGUCUUCACAAGGUUUUCACACACUGUUGCUGGUAUUUUGGCCCAUUCCUCCAUCCAGAUCUCCUCUAGAGCAGUGAUGUUUUGGGGCUGUCGCUGGGCAACACGGACUUUCAACUCCCUCCAAAGAUUUUCUAUGGGGUUGAGAUCUGGAGACUGGCUAGGCCACUCCAGGACCUUGAAAUGCUUCUUACGAAGCCACUCCUUCGUUGCCCGGGCGGUGUGUUUGGGAUCAUUGUCAUGCUGAAAGACCCAGCCACGUUUCAUCUUCAAUGCCCUUGCUGAUGGAAGGAGGUUUUCACUCAAAAUCUCACGAUACAUGGCCCCAUUAAUUAUUUCCUUUACACGGAUCAGUCGUCCUGGUCCCUUUGCAGAAAAACAGCCCCAAAGCAUGAUGUUUCCACCCCCAUGCUUCACAGUAGGUAUGGUGUUCUUUGGAUGCAACUCAGCAUUCUUUGACCUCCAAACACGACGAGUUGAGUUUUUACCAAAAAGUUCUAUUUUGAUUUCAUCUGACCAUAUGACAUUCUCCCAAUCUUCUUCUGGAUCAUCCAAAUACACUCUAGCAAACUUCAGACGGGCCUGGACAUGUACUGGCUUAAGCAGGGGGACACGUCUGGCACUGCAGGAUUUGAGUCCCUGGCGGCGUAGUGUGUUACUGAUGGUAGGCUUUGUUACUUUGGUCCCAGCUCUCUGCAGGUCACUAGGUCCCCCCGUGUGGUUCUGGGAUUUUUGCUCACCGUUCUUGUGAUCAUUUUGACCCCACGGGGUGAGAUCUUGCGUGGAGCCCCAGAUCGAGGGAGAUUAUCAGUGGUCUUGUAUGUCUUCCAUUUCCUAAUAAUUGCUCCCACAGUUGAUUUCUUCAAACCAAGCUGCUUACCUAUUGCAGAUUCAGUCUUCCCAGCCUGGUGCAGGUCUACAAUUUUGUUUCUGGUGUCCUUUGACAGCUCUUUGGUCUUGGCCAUAGUGGAGUUUGGAGUGUGACUGUUUGAGGUUGUGGACAGGUGUCUUUUAUACUGAUAACAAGUUCAAACAGGUGCCAUUAAUACAGGUAACGAGUGGAGGACAGAGGAGCCUCUUAAAGAAGAAGUUACAGGUCUGUGAGAGCCAGAAAUCUUGCUUGUUUGUAGGUGACCAAAUACUUAUUUUCCACCAUAAUUUGCAAAUAAAUUCAUAAAAAAUCCUACAAUGUGAUUUUCUGGAGAAAAAAAAAUCUCAAUUUGUCUGUCAUAGUUGACGUGUACCUAUGAUGAAAAUUACAGGCCUCUCUCAUCUUUCUAAGUGGGAGAACUUGCACAAUUGGUGGCUGACUAAAUACUUUUUUCCCCACUGUAGAUUAAGUCGAAAUGUUUUAAGAAAUAAUGAUAAGCCCAUCAAACUUAAACUAGAACUAAAACUGUUUUCUGAGCCCUAUUUCUCUCUCCAUAAGCACAAUGAUUCUCCUGACUUGACCAAUAGCUACUCAGGGGAAUUGAUGAAUGAGAACAUGAAACACUUCAUAUCUCCUUUUGAAUAAACAGCUGAUGUGUUAUGUAAUUAUUUAGAAAAAAUAAAUAAAUGUGUUCCCAAUAUUUAGUCUGUUGCGUUGUUUUGCUCAUGCAAAUGCAUUUCUCAGUAAACUGAGGUUCUGGGAACUGGCCCAAGGCGGGGGAACAGAGACAUAUUUUAAUCUGACUGGGGGAACCAUUGGGAGUUCAUGCAGAAACACAUCUCCGUCAAUCACAGGGGCAAAUCAAAUGGAACAUGCCUCAUGAACACACACAGGGGAAUUUACUAUCUUUGGACACUAUCUUUGAAAUUGCUUUGUUUCACGAGAUUGUCCACUAGCUAAAGAAGUAUUUCUGAAAUAGAGACUGAGGGAGCAGAAGAGUAACGGUAAUAUGGUUUUAGUGGUGGAGUUUGCAAUCGUUUUUAACCUUAAACAAUUGUUUCUAGUUUACCUGAGUACUGUAGCUAAAGUAUUUUUUAAAUUCUCCAUAGGUUGUGACGGUGCUGAAUGAUCUUUACACUUGCUUUGAUGCCAUCAUCGAUAAUUUUGAUGUGUACAAGGUAAGUCAGAGGAAUCAUGUUUUGUAAUGUAAAUCUGGUUAUUUUCAACCAGUGAUAUAAUCACCUGUUUUAUCUACUAACAUUUUGUCAUCUACAGUAUCAGUCAAAAGUUUGGACACACCUACUCAUUCAAGGGUUUUCUUUAUUUUUAAUAUUUUCUACAUUGUAGAAUAAUAGUGAAGACAUCAAAACUAUGAAAUAACACAUAUGGAAUCAUGUAGUAACCAAAAAAGUGUUAAACAAAUCAAAAUAUAUUUUAUUCAAAUAGCCACUUGAUGACAGCUUUGCACACUCUUGGCAUUCUCUCAACCAGCUUCAUGAGGUAGUCACCUGGAAUGCAUUUCAAUGAACAGGUGUGCCUUAUUAAAAGUUAAUUUGUGGAAUUUAUUUCCGUCUUAAUGCGUUUGAGCCAAUCAGUUGUGUUGUGACAAGGUAGGGGGAUAUACAGAAGAUAGCCCUAUUUGGUAAAAGACCAAGUCCAUAUUAUGGCAAGAAAACAUUUCAAGAACUUUUAAAGUUUCUUCAAGUGCAGUCGCAAAAACCAUCAAGCGCUAUGAUGAAACUGGCUUUCAUGAGGACCACCACAGGAAUGGAAUACCCAGAGUUACCUCUGCUGCAGAGGAUAAGUUAAUUAGAGUUACCAGCCUCAGAAAUUGCAGUCCAAAUAAAUGCUUCACAGAGUUCAAGUAACAGACACAUCUCAACAUCAACUGUUCAGAGGGGACUGUGUGAAUCAGGCCUUCAUGGUCGAAUUGCUACAAAGGAAACCACUACUAAAGGACACCAAUAAGAAGAAGAGACUUGCUUGGGCCAAGAAACACGAGCAAUGGACAUUAGACCAGUGGAAAUGUGUUGUUUGGUCUGGAGUCCAAAUUUGAGAUUUUUGGUUCAAACCGCCGUGUCUUUGUGAAACGUGGUGUGGGUGAACGGAUGAUCUCCGCAUGUGUAGUUCCCACCGUAAAGCAUGGAGGAGGAGGUGUUAUGGUGUGGGGGUGCUUUUCUGGUGACACUGUCUGUGAUUUAUUUAUAAUUCAAGGCACACUUAACCAGCAUGGCUACCACAGCAUUCUUCAGCGAUACGCCAUCCCAUCUGGUUUGGGCUUAGUGGAACUAUCAUUUGUUUUUCAACAGGACAACGACCCAACACACCCCCAGGCUGUGUAAGGGCUAUUUUACCAAGAAGGAGAGUGAUGGAGUGCUGCAUCAGAUGACCUGGCCUCCACAAUCCCCCGACCUCAACCCAAUUGAGAUGGUUUGGGAUGAGUCGGACGGCUGAGUGAAGGAAAAGCAGCCAACAAGUGCUCAGCAUAUGUGGGAACUACUUCAAGACUGUUGGAAAAGCAUUCCAGGUGAAGCUGGUUGAGAGAAUGCCAAGAGUGUGCAAAGCUGUCAUAAAGGCAAAGGGUGGCUAUUUGAAGAAUCUCAAAUAUGAAAUAAAUGUUGAUUUGUUUAACACUUUUUUGGUUACUACAUUAUUCCAUAUGUGUUAUUUCAUAGUUUUGAUGUCUUCACUAUUAUUCUACAAUAUAGAAAAUAGUAAAAAAAUAAAGAAAAACCCUUGAAUGAGUAGGUGUGUCCAAACUUUUGACUGGUACUGUAUAUCUCAGGUGGAGACCAUUGGUGAUGCGUACAUGGUGGUGUCAGGGCUUCCAGUAAGGAAUGGAAAACUCCACGCAAGAGAAAUCGCUGGGAUGUCCUUAGCCUUACUAGAACAGGUGAAAACAUUCAAGAUUCGACACAGACCACAAGACCAGCUACGGCUAAGGAUAGGCAUCCACACAGGUAUCAUUUCACAUUUCACAUGGAGUUUGAAAUGAUUGUUAAAAUGUCUUAUGCUUAACUACUGUUUUUUUUUUUUUUUUUUUUUAUCCAAUUGAAUGAAUCCAUGUCUUUGGGCACUGCCCAAUCCUACUCCCAAUCUUUGGCUUCCACAUAGUUACCACCUAAAAAACUCAAAUAAAUCAUACUAACUUCAAUCUUUCAAUACCUCCUAAAUGUUACAUGAUCUGCCCUAGCCGUUGACAGUUUAUUUCAUUCUAUGACAAAUAAAUUAACUAUGACACACAAUGAUUUAUUAUAUUGUAAAUCAGGUAUGGGCAACUUUGAUGGGGGUGGGGGCUCAUGGGUUUCAAGUUAAUUUCCUGCAAUUAUACACGUUUUGCCAUUGGGCGGAGAGAAGAUUUUGCAAUUUUCUAACUCAUUUCAUGCAAUUCUACAAAUUUUGCCAUGGGGUGGAGAGAAACAUUAUCAGUUUUACAGCUAAUUUCCUGCAAUUCUACAGAUUUUGCCAUAGGGUGGAGGCAAAUAUAAAAAAAUUUUGCUGACAUGGGCUAAUUAAGUGACUGCUGAUGCACAACCAAAAUUGCACAUUGUGUAUUCUAUUAUUCUAACUCUUAACAAUAAGUUGAGACCCCUACUGAGUAAAACAACUCAUCUGUGAUUCAAUUGCCCGCUUUUGUAUCCUGCCCAUUCCUGCUUCAUGAUUGCAUGGGGCUUUUGCUCAGUCAUUUUUAUCAAGUGUUGUGAAUGGUUAUGACCGUUGACGACAAUAUGUAGGUUUCAGGACAUAGCCCUCCUGUAGCUCAGUUGGUAGAGCAUGGCGCUUGCAACGCCAGGGUUGUGGGUUCGAUUCCCACGGGGGGCCAGUAUGAAAAAUGUAUGCACUCACUAACUGUAAGUCGCUCUGGAUAAAAGUGUCUGCUAAAUGACUAAAAAUGUAAAAUGUAAAAAUGCUGUGUUUCAGUUAAGAAAUCUCUGGAGAUUUCUCCUGUAGCGACAAUGUUUGGCCAAGCUUUUAGUUUUUUUUAGUUCAUAGUACUUGGACAUAAUCUCUUGCAGGCAGAAUUUACAGUAUAUUCUUAUUCAAACACUUGACAUGAACAUCACUGAUAGGUCUUUAAACAGUCUGCGUGGGAGGUGCUCAAUCCCAUCAUUCUGUGCAUGCGUUGUUUGAGUUCAAUCAUAUCUUUCAUGCUUUUAAGUACACUUAACUUAUCAUGUGAGGUUCUAGUGAUGAAAGAAAUGCUACUUUAUCUACAUUAUGGUUUUCCAUGGAGUAUAUUUCCAGUAUAAUUCACUGCUUUUCUUCUGUACAGGACCUGUCUGUGCUGGGGUGGUGGGUCUGAAAAUGCCCAGAUAUUGUUUAUUUGGAGAUACUGUCAACACAGCUUCUCGGAUGGAAUCGAAUGGAGAGGGUGAGUGUCAGAUUCGGAUCUCUGUUUUUCUAUUUUAGGGGAUGUCAGCGCUGUUAAAUAAAUAAGUAUUCUAACGAAAUGCGCCUGCAUGAAACAAUGUCACAUUCUAGAAUUCAAUUGGGAAAAAAAUACAUAUUUUUCAGCUGACACACACUAAGACUACUAAGUACUCAUUAUUUGUUAUUUGUGUGGUAUUUGCUUGGAUUUGGAUUUUGUUGUUCGUCCACCGAGUAUUCCCUGUUGUAUUGGGCUUAUGCAAUGGUGUUGUGAAAGACUGGCCAUUAUUUGUCUUGACUAAAUCUGACUAAUGUCUUGUGUCUGAGAAUCCAUGACCAUCCAAUUUAUAAAAAUUGUGGACUUGCUCUUUGCACAUACUUCCCUGUAAGAAACGUAAGCAUCAAGGGAUAGAUAAAGUAGCCAGGGAAUGGGAUAUUUAUAGUCAAAAGCAACAGACAGGAUGGAGGUUGUCAUCGUAAUUUAAGAGUGAUUAUCUGGACUGGCUUUACUGGCAGCUGUUCUUAACUGGUGUGGUGGUAGUGGGACCACUGGUGUUGUGCCAGCCAGGAUGUUUUGUGAGUGACUCAUCACAUUAUUGAUUAACCCACUCACUUCCUGCUCAUUUCCUGCUGUGUGCUUUCACGCCCAUUGAUAAAUAGUUAAUAACACUUAUACCAAUGUCACCAUAGUGAUAAACUGUAUACCAUAAAAUAUCCUAUAGUGGUUGGAAUCACCUCUGGGACUGCACUGUAAACAGUUAUUUCUAGGGACUACAGCACCAGGAAGGAUUUCACUGUUCAUUUCUACUUUUGACCACCUAACAUAGACAGAUCAUCCAUUUGGUUAACGUACAGUAUGUAUGUGUAUUGUAAUUGUUAUUGUCUACCCCAGUGCAUAUGGCAGAGGAUAAAUGCUUGUAUGUAUGCAACUCGGUGUCACUCCCUGCAAAGCACUCACUGUGAUUGUCUCUUGUCCCAUUUAUGUGUUUCACAGCCUUGAGGAUCCACCUCUCCUCAGCCACCAAAGAAGUGCUGGAUGAGUUUGGCUAUUUUGAUCUCCAGUUAAGAGGGGAUGUAGAAAUGAAGGUGAGGACACAAUGAGUAAUGAAUGUGUUGUUGUCAGCAUUAUCUGUAAUGGCUUCAUGUAUUCAGUAUUGUUGGAUAAAUGAAUAUGAAAGAAUGGUCAAAUGUGGUCUUGUGAUUCCCAUCCUGUUUAUUCUAUCUCUUUGUGGAAGAAUGCAUUGCAUGUCAGUAGAUUUGCAGCUCUGGGCCUCUCAGAUUACGAGUGUCGUAAAAAAAAGAUGGCCGUACUCUCCUGUCAAAAUGAAAGAGAACCAUCAAAUCCGGUUAUGUAGAGUAGUAUACUCUCUAGGGAUGUCAGAUGAGUUUUAACAGGCCCUGCAAAUGUCACCCUUUAAGGAAGAGCAACCCUUUUGUGUAUCCAUCACUCCCACUCGUCUCCAUUGAUGAGCCUAUUGAUUUCUGUGUUUUUCCAGGGCAAAGGCAAAAUGAGAACCUAUUGGCUUCAGGGGGAGAAGACUGAUGUGUACGUUAUCUGAGUGGCGCUGCUGAUAGCGUGUACCCACAUUGGAGCCAACCACAGAGGAGGCUACACAGUGGCACAGCCAGCCACUGCUUUAUUUGUUUUAGAAUAAGUCCUAAAGGUGAUUCCCUCCCAAAGUACGAAAAGAAGGGAUGUUUAAUGGUAUGUUUAAUACCUGUGUACGGUAACUGCAAAAAGUUGUAAAGAUGUUUUGUAUGGAUAAUCUUUCUGUCCUGAGAGUGAGUACUUCUCGAUGAUGAUCAAUUCUUAUUUUUUGUGCUUUCUAUAUAAAAAUUUGUAUAAUGUGUUUGGAAGUCAAUGAUGUAUUAAUAUGUCCAUACGGCGUUCAUAAUGGAUGGGGGCACAGUGUAAUGAUCAAUGUCAAUGCAGAGGUUAGUUCCACAGUGGUGUCAUACAGUACAAGAUGAUAUAUGUAUAUAUGUAUAUCCAAGAUAUUGUAAGAUAUUUUGUUCAAUAAACUGAGUAAAAUACAACAAA